GCCAGCCCCACCUCCUCUUCUCAUUGCGUCCUGAGAGUCCUACUGCCUUCCCACUUAUUUGCAUGAGUUAUAUGGGCUAAUGGAGGCGAUCAUGGCUAGUUAGUGUUAGCUUGAUGUGCAGGAGGAGGAUUCCUGUGAAAGCUGGAAGAACAGGUGCCCAGAAACAAGGGGUUUUUACUUCUACUUCCCUUUCUUCUUCCUAUCCCUCUAUCCCCCCUAAACUUUAUAAAAUGGUAUCCAAGUUAUCAUCACUGCAGCAGGAACUUCUCAAUGCCCUCCUGAAUUCUGGAGUAACCAAAGAUGUUCUGAUGCAAGCUUUGGAAGAUAUGAUCCCCACACCCAGUUUUGGGGUCAAACUGGAAAACCUACAGAUGUCUCCAGUGCAUGAUCCAGACACCAAACCUGUUUUCCAUACUCUAACUAAUGGCCACAGCAAGGGCAAACUAUCUGGAGAUGAGGGUUCAGAAGAUGGAGAUGACUAUGACACCCCACCAAUACUUAAAGAGCUCCAGUCUCUUAACACUGAGGAAGCUGCGGAGCAAAGGGCUGAGGUGGACAGGAUGUUAAGGUAAGAUAAAAAAAAAAGAUUUUUGGGGGGAACAAAGUAUAAUAGUAUAAAUAUUUGGUAUGGUUCUUCUGCUAGCUUACUGCUAGUGGACUAAGAUACUUUAUUUUCAGUACACUGAUCAGAAUUAAACAUUAUUAUACUAAAUGUAAUUUACUCCAAAAUUACAUUAAUUAACUCUAGACAGUAAUUUAAAAUACAAUAUUUAACAGUAAAGAAAAAUUAAUCAGAAUUCAAGAAUCUGUUAAUUUUAAGUGGCGUGGCGUGGAAUAUAACUUUGUAUUAAUUCCUCCGUUUUAUUGCUACCUAUGACAUAUUUAUGGAUGUGCAAAAUAUCACUGGGAUUUUGUUGUAAUAAUUUAACCUAUUCAUAGCCUUUACUGUAAACAAGGACCACAACAGAAAUUAAAACGUCCCGCCAGAUCCUAUAAUCAGGCAGACUAGUUACUAAUUAUCUAAAUCGUUUAAUAUUUCCUCUCUUUAGCAAAAUAUCAACUAAAUACACCGACGUUAUUUAUUAUUAACUACCCGAAGUGUCUUAAAAUACUAUAUCGAAAGGUCUGGCUCAGCAGACUGGACUUUCAUCAAGGGAAGGUGAAUUGGUGUAAUAGUGGGAUUAAUAGCUGGGAUUAGAAUGCAAACAUUUCAUUUCUUCAGAUUAUCGUUUAGUUACUAAUAUUUAGCUUGCAUUUUAUUUCUUAAAUGUUGGUAUAUAUGACAACUUAAUUUUAAACUUUAUACUCUGUUACAGUAAAGGCAAACUGAUUGAGAAUAUUUUAAUUUAUUUAACAUUUUUUAAACUUAUUUAACAUUCAUGUUAUGAUGUAGAAAAAGUUAUGUUAAAACUUUGAAACAUUUAAUAAAAACCAUGAACAUAAAAAAAACAUAUUUUAACCAACAAAUUAGAAUAUAUUUAAUAUUUUAUUCUUUAAAAUGUUUUUUUAUAUUUAUAGUUUUUGUUGAACUGUUUUCUAUAUAUAUUUAAUUAUAAUUACCAUUAUCAACACUCACAAUAUGAUUGUUGCCAUUUAUUAUAAUUAAUUAUGAUUAUUAUUAUAAUUUUUCGUUUGGGCAUAAAUAUUUUAGAUUUUAUUAGCCUGAAUAAUCUUUCUGUUUUAUCAAUUUGGUUCUGUUUGAGUUCCUGUAAAUAAUAAGAGAAAAGUGAAAAAAAUGUUUUAAAGUGUGGCAGAUAGGACACAAACUCCAGCACGUGGUGGUUGGAUUGUUAUUAAUUUAUUUCUAUAAAUCAUCAACAGAAAGAUACACAAAAGGUGGUGAUUUACUUGAAUAGGGGCGCUGGCUAUUCAUUGGCAACCUGUUAACUAUUUUGCUAAAGGAAAUACUUAUAAAGACAGAUCUUGGCAUUAUACUAUACACAUAAACUGUCAGGAGUUACUCUACAGUUUGUAAACAGUCUAAAGUCUGUCUAAAAGAGAAAUUAGCUCCGUAGUCACCCUUUAUUUUAAUGUCACAUUAUCAUGAACCUCUGACCUCUCUUAAGUACAAUUAAAUCACCAUACUAUGCUCUUUGUCAUCAAAGUAUAUUAUAAGUAGUUUAUGCAUUCUAGUAAAAGUGUGUAUUUGCAUGUGUUUAUUUGAGUGUGUGUAUGUGUUUAUUUAUAGGUGUGUGUGUGUGUGGGUGUGUGUGAGUGUAAGUGUGAGUGUAAUAUAAAGUACAUUAUUAAGAUUUUAGCAGUUUUCUAAGAAGUGACUCUGAGAACACACAUAUAUUCAGUUACUGUUACAUUAUUAAAUAUCCGAGAUUCUUUAGUAAAAAAAAAAAAAAAAAGUUUUCAGGAACAGGAAAUCCCAAGGGUUUAAUUAAUACAAACAUUAUAUUAUAUCAAUAAUGUUAAACAUAGUAUACAGUAAAUACCCAAUAAUCCUAUUAAUGCCAGGGGCGUGGAAAAACAAAUCUUAACUUCUCUGGUACCAGUGAAAGGGACAAUAUAAUGUAUAAAAUAUUCACCAACACUGGAUGGAUUGUGGUAGAUAUACCUAUACAAUAACACCAGAAUGGUUAAAUCCUCUACAGGAGUGUUCUAGGUAAGCUUUUUAAACAUUUUUGUUGUUGUUGUUUUUCGUUUUGGUCUUGUAGAUAUGUUUUGAUCUCUUGUAUUUUGUAAUAAAGAUGCAUUACCUUUACUGAUAAAUCAGAUUAAUUUUUUUCAAUACAUUGUGCAUUUGCCUACAUGUGUAAGUAUCAUUUUGUAAAUUUAGUAUCAUUCAGUUCUUUGGUAUAUUUUUCCAAUUGUGAAAAAAAUUGUGAGAAAUAUCCAGGUUCAGUAGGUUGGUAUUUUAAUUGAAUAAUAGCUAAUAAUGGGAUUUAUUCACUAAACAGUGAUCUGACAAGUGACUUGUAAAACAUAGAUGUAAACAGUCAACUUAGAAAACUAGUUGCCCACGUGAACGCCUAAGUUUGUUUUUUAACUUUGCUGUUUUUUUCAGUAAGGGACAUGUAAACUAAACUGUGAGAUUACAACUGGCUUGCUAAAUGUAGAUUUUAAUAGCAGAGCUGGGGAAAACAGAUCUAUGAUUGAAACAUUUUUCCCCCCACAACUCUUAAAUGAUUCAUAUGGAGUCACUAUUAAACUCUAUUGACAUUUUUGUAGAUAAAGAGUUUUAAAAGUUUUUCCAACAGAUUGUGAUCAUUUGAAAAGUUUAUCCAAAACAAUUAAAUCGAAGUCAUAGUUAUUUGGGCCUGAAUGUUGCAAAUUGAUUCUAACUUCUCCAAAUCAUAAUGAUAUGAGAACAGACAGCAUACUAUUAUGCAAAUGUUCUCAUAACUAUAUUAAAUAUCAUAAAUAUAAAUAACAAGCAAAACAUUUAUUUCGUCACUAGUCAUUGGUUUAGUUUAUAUUCGUAACCUACAAAAAAACAACUUUGAUCUAUUUUUAGGAUAAAAUGUGCUUCACCUUUGUAAAAUAUACAUUGUAUAUUUCAAAGCCACACCUAAUAUCCCUUCUAGUUAGAACUCAAAAUAAAUCUUGCUCCACCUGCGUCUGACGGUGACUGAAUAAAUCGGCAUAGUAAAAAGCUAUUAUUCUAGGCAUACUACAAAUGUCCAAAUCAUCACCAGACACCAGACACUAGCUGGAUUAUUUACUAAACUCUGAAUUGUUGCAAAUGAAAAUCCAACUGCAAAACUAAUGCAAAAAUAGCCGAACUGUGAUUAUAGUUGAGGUGGAGAAUUUUCUUCAAAUUAUCUAGGUUUGCCUUAAUUGUGCAAUUCUGAUUUAAAUUCACUACAGUUCAGAGUUUAGUGAAUAGCAGUGAAUUGAAAGCUACAUUUCAAAAUUCAGGCAGCAAUGUUAGUUUGGAAAAGGGUUCUCAACACAGCUAUAUUCACAAUUUAUUUUAUUUAUUAUUAUUUUUGCCUUAAUUUUGCAAUUAAAUUUUUAAUUUUCUAGAAUUCAGUGUUUGGCGAACAAAUCCCUAUUUUUUUUUUCCUGGAAGAUUAGCCAAGGAGAAGUAAAAUAUAUUUGCUCCAGCUUUUGUCACUAAAUAGAGUCCGUCCACUAAACAGAGACUUUUGGACGGUGGCUUGAGAUUUGACUUGCCAAAUUUAGACCAAAAAAUAAGAGAGUCUGACUUCUCUUGAAAUAUAUAUUUUUUUCAAACUAGGCUGUUUUGCCACAAGUUUAGUCAGUUCUAAAGUAAAAACAACUUUAUUCAAUAGACUGCAUAGUUUCAGCAAAUUAAAAGAGUAAAGCAAAGACGUGUAAUCUAGAGCUUUACUUUAAUGUAUUUGUUUAUUUUGGAGGAAGGUGACAGUUCUGCACUCUAUCUGCAAUAGCAAACAGUUAUAUUAAUGUCCUGCCUUAUUGUUGGUGAAUGUUUACAAAAGCUUUACUCGGAGUUCAAAAAGUAUCCAUUUUGCAUAUUUUUGAGGUGGGUGUGUGUUUGCCAGCUGCCUUUGUGUGCAUUGCGCCAUAUGUUCACCUUUUCUAAUAUUCUUGUAAAGACACAAACUAUUACUAAUCAACCUGAUAAUUCCUCACAAAACCAACCGGACAUUUGGUCAUCACUUGGUAGUUUUUCUAAUUCUUAUUUAUUAAAAUGCAAUUUGUUUUAUUUUUAUUAAUCAAAAUAAAAUUUAUUGAUCCCCUUAAUUCAUCCCCUCUCUUGACCAGCCAGAAACAUAUAUAAAAACUUUUAGCACAAGAUAACUUUUUUAUUUUUAGCACAAGAUACACCCUUUUAUAGUCCACUUAAGAAUGCAAAUUUUAUAUAUAAAGUGAAAUAUAAUUAGAAAUCCCCCUCCCAUUCAAAACAUAUAUAUAUAUAUUUAUCGCCAUAAACACGCAUCUUGUUUCUAUGGGUAAAUAGACGAACAUAUUGCAACUUGUUAAAAUAAUAAAUUAAAAUUUUGUUACACGGUCUGACAGGAGGAAAAAGGGUAAACGUUGUGGCUCUAUUCAAUAAAGACUGAUUUGUAGUUCAUCAACAGUUGACAUAUAAUUUAGACCGAGUUAGAUUUGUAGUGAGUUAAAUAUUGACUUUCAAAAUUUGUAACAAAUCACUUUCUAGCAAAUAAACGAUUAUAGCCUGUUUUUGAGGUGUAUAAUUAUUCAAUUGAAAUCAAUCUUAUAAUAAAAAUAGGUGACAUGUAUUAUUGGAUUAUGUUCGGUACAAUAUUAGCCAUAAACAUUUGGUGAUAUUUUUUUAACCAACUCAAACAUAUCAGACUUGACUGAGAUAUAACCACCAUUAAACUGUUUCAGUUUCUAAUGAUAUUUUCUGGCUGUUCAAAGGUAAAUAUAUACUGUGAACCUUUGUACAAACUUUAAAUAAGUGGGAAUGGAUGAUUCUUUCUCAGCAAACAUCUUCCCAAAAUAAAUAUUUUUAGUUAACAAAAAAAUCCUACUAAAAAUAUAUCUUUAGUAUAAGCAUCCCACCACACUCUAGUAACUAAGGUAGCCUGCUAAUGUACAAAAUAUAUAUAGUUAGCUUGAAUAUAAUUUGCUAUAAUUUAUAAAUUACAUUUGGCUUUGUCAUUCAUAAAUAAGGUGGAUAUAUCUUUAUUUUUAAAUUAAAUGUGACUACACAAACACAAUAAUUUAUGUGUGUGUGUGUGUGUGUGUGUGUGUGUAUAUAUAUAUAUAUAUAUAUAUAUAUAUAUAUAUAUAUAUAUAUAUAUAUAUACACUCGCCUUAUAUCCUUACACAAACCAACUUAUAGUAUAUAAACAGCUUUACGAACUUCCCAGAAAUAAUAAUAUAGCGUAAUUCCAGGAAAUCGAGAUUUGUGGAGAUCUGAAAAAGUCAUUGAAGAUUUCAGUUCAAAAUACCUAAUCUAGAAAAAAUCUUCAAUUCAGUUUAUCUGGCCCAAUAUUUCCAGCUCUAUCGUCACAUCGUCACAAUUUAUAGCUACUAACAUUUUUGGGUUUUGCUCCCUUUAUUUGCCUCAUCAAAUUAUUUUAGUUUAAGAAGUUUGGAUUUUGCUAAAGGUGAUAUCAAAAGCAUUUGUAUUGAUGAGACAAAAUUAAAUAAAACAUGGAAUUUGUCUAAAGUUAAAAUAAAAAAAACGUACAUUUUGCAUCCCCAAAACUGGCAUACAUUACAAACUAUGUACUUAGUUCUAACGUAAUAUCCAAGCUUUAUCUUUUUACCUGUGUGAUGGCGCUAUGUCCUUCAGUAGGCUAAUUAUUUAGGUUGGGCUAAAUUUCAAAUUUAAGACCAAAGGAGGCCUGGAAGAAUAGCGGAUUUAGAGAAUUUUUCUAGCUGAGCCAUUAAGACCUUAAAUUUGAAAUUCACUUUGAAUUUCAGACAAUUUAAUAGCCUUGUCCGUGUUUUUGUUUUGGUUUGCUUGUUUUGUUUUUAUCAUGGCUAUGUUUGUAGAUUAUUAUUCCUUUUUUUUUUUCUAUUUAAAGUGUGAAAAUAUGCCACUAAACAACUUUUCAAAAACUGCAGAUUUGUAAAUCACAGAUUUCCUCCUAUAGAGAUUUAGUAGAUGCACUCCAGUAUAGAAUGUCAUGAAGUACAGAUUGUUGUGGCACUAACAUUAUGUUUCUCGCAGCAACCAGUCUGUUCAGGAAACUUUGACUACAGGCAAUGCUAUUACCAUUAAUGCUUCAGGAUCUUAAUGUACCAGUGACUCCACUGUAAAUGUGAAAAGUCAGAAAAGAAUCACAUAGCCACGCACCACUGACCCAUUGCUUGUUUAAGGCACCUUUGAUUAAGCUUGUUAGCUUUUUCUGCAAUUUAUGGCCUUUCUAUAGUAUGUUACACCAUAAAACCAAAUUAUCUCAAUGUGUAUCCAACAACAUUAUUUUAAUCAUUUUUACUAGGUUAUGUGAGCACAUGUAUAUUCAAGGCUAUUAUUGUAUAUUUUCUAUUUUAUUCACCCCCUAGGUGUCCUGCAUCUACAGACUAUGCAGAUGACAAAAUAUACAUAUUGCUUCCAUUUAAGAUCUGCAAUUUCAAUGGUUUCGGGAGCUUGAAUUGCUUUACUACAACCCAUUCUGCAGAAUGCACCACUAAAAGUAGGAGGAGGUCCAAAAGCAGCAGGGAUUAGCUUUCGGUGAUGUGAUCUAAGCUAAUAAUGCUGUUUGUAAAUUGGUGUACUGGAGAAUAGCUAAGACGGGACAUUGUGGAAUCUGUAUAUGUUGUCAUAUGCAUUGCUAUUUUAUUGCAGUUCAUAGACCUUAACCGGCAACUACUAGCCUAUUCCUAUUGAAUAGGCAGAGUCACUGCAAUUACAAUACAAAGCUAUGUGUUUAAUUGUGAUGACUUCAGUGGAGGACAUACAAGGGCAUUGUAAAGUUUUAGGUCAAAAUUACAAAACUGGUAAAAUGAUUAAACUACACUAUUUUCCCACAUUAUCUUGAACUACAAAUUGCUAUUUCCUUUUAAGUUCUUUGUAGUGCUCAGUUUAUAAAUUUAAAUCCCAAGAGUUUAUAUUGCUACAUUCUUUCAUUUUUAUAAACCAGUCUGGUUAUAUGUCACUGGUUUACAUUUUUACCACCGUUUGUUAACAGUAUGUGUCUGCUAUUCUUUUGAUGCACUUUUAUUUCUUUAGAGUUUGAUAUAAAACACAUCUGACAGGGUUAUUCACUAAAGUGAGGUUUGCAAAGCGGAAUUCAAAGCGAAUUUCAUCGUUUAGGCUAAAAAAGCAGAUUGAUUAAAAAAAUCUCAAAAUCAAUUCUGUUUUCAGGCAAUUCUCACUUUAGUAAAUAACCCUAUUAGCGUAUACAAUGUACGUUUAGAAAUUAGAUGACCUUGAAAUUUUUCAUAGCAAAGUCCUGUCUAUCUUGAGCAGGCUUCCCCAAACUCCGGCCCUCCAGAUGUUGCUGAACUACAACUCCAAUGGUUCUCAGCCUAUCUAUUUCAUUCAUAGAAUCAUGGGAGUUGUAGUUCAGCAACAUCUGGACACCAGAGUUUGGGGAAGCCUGAUCUAGAGUCUUCAAAUGGUAUAAUUAAAUGGGUCAUAAUAUUGAUUCUCAGGGAAACCCUAAACUGCCGUGAUAUUAAGUCAAGGUUUUGAGCUGUGACAGUACAAUUAGUAAGAAAAGCUCCAAAUGAGAAAGUCAAGUAUUGACAACUCUUAUUAGAUUAUAAAUGACUCCCCUCCUGACUGUGUGACCCGUAGAAUCUGCCCACUUUUGCCCAUUCCGUGAGGCUUAGUAUUUAAACCUUUCAGAGUGUGACCUUUGAGUCAUAGUUUGGAUGCCAAGCAGUAAAUUAUUGUGAAAUGAAAAUCUAAUUUGUAAAUUUAUUGGAACAUUUUGCUAACCCAACUGCAUGGCACUUUUGUGCAUAUAUUUUGCAAAUUAGGCGAAAGAGUAAUAUUAAAUUUGGUACUGUUAUGACUUUUACAAUGCUUUUAUUUGUUUUAAUUGAAACUCAGUUUUUAGUAAAUACACCCCAUAAUGUUCAAAGAGUUAAUAUAUAUUUUUCAUCACCAUUUAUCACAUUGCAAUAGUUUAUUAUAUUAAAACCUAAAUCAGUGCACAAGAAAUCUUUAGUAUAUUUUUAGAAUAGAUUUGUUGUGUUUUAUUUGCUCUCAAUCCUAUCAUUUUUUAUUUUUAAAUUAUGAUCAAUCAUAAUUUAAUAUGUAUGAAAAGUAGCUGCAAAGAUCUUUGCACCAUGACAGGAAAUACUUAGAGCUUAUUGUUUUUAUUUAUAUAUUUUUGAAUAAGUUUAGUUGUUGUAUAUUUAUUUACCUUAUCAGUCUCAGGUUAUUCUGUCUCAGCAGAGAGGAGUUCAGUAACAUGUAACAAAACACCUGCAUGGCUUUGUAUGUACCUUUUAGGUUGUAAGCUCAUUUUAGCAUGGUUCUCCUAACCUACUGUUCCAGUAUGUCAAAUAUUUUUUUUGUUGGAAUUUAGCAUUUGUUUUGUUUACCUAUUGUACAGCGCAGCAGAAUAUAUUGUCUCUAUAUAAGUAAUUGUAAUUCCAGAGCACUACCCAAUUAUCUCCCCAAUCCCUUCUAAACUAAGUCUGACUAAGAAAUUUAAAAUUUUAAAUGCGAAAAGAUCUGUGCAAAUUGUGUGAAAUCUGAAAUUUCUGCUUGCACUGCCUUACAUGUAAGGUAGAAAUACAAUAGAAAUCUAAUUUUUCACGUGAAUGCAAAUUGUUAAUGCGUAAUUCAACAGACAUUGAGGCAGACAUAUGAACACAACAAAGCAUGAAGCAAAUAUUUUUUAGUUAUGAAAAAAACACACACAUUCAAAUGCACUAAAGCAAAUUAUAUGGAAAAACAGGCAAUAAACUACACAACAAUAACUGUUAUGUAAGGUGGCGCAAUAGUAGUCAAAUCAAUAUUAUCUGAUUAGUAUCUAGGAGAACAAUCAUAUCACAAGCGAUAAGAAGGUGAAACCUCAAGAUAUGAAGGUCUUGGACAAUCCUACACCUGACUCUUAGCUGCCAGAGUCCACAUUAAAAGAGACUCGCCAAGGUGGACACAGGGCUAAGAAAGUGAGCACAUUAGGCACAAAUGGAGGGGGGGCUUAUCACAUCCCAUUGAUGAACUGCUUUGGUUAGUGGGUUUGAGGUAGUAGUCUGCUGUGAAAUUCCCACCCAUUGUUGAAAUCAAGGGGUCUUUGAUAAUAGAGAUGUUUGAUUUUUUUUUUUUGUCUUCCUUCAAGACAAUAAGGCAUUUCUGUUGUCCCCAUCUGUGCAGUAUGUUAUGCUCUGGUCCUUUAGUCACUGAGUGAUUAGGUGAAGUGCAUCACCAGGGGCUAUUGAGAACUUUAACAUCUUAAGCCAUCCAGAAGUAUUUCCUUGGGUUGUUUCAGCUAUAAUAGUACGGUAAAUAAACUUUAGAUGAAGCAAGGGAAUUUACCUGUAUUGAUCUUCAUCGAUGCCACUAACUUGUAUGUUCUGCAACCUGGUCCAGUCACGUAGACCCACCACAUAGGUUUUUGUUUUUUUUUGAAGAUGUGCUCGGCUAAUAUUUGUUAUUUUUCACUCUUACCACUAUGUGAGUAGACAGAUCACAGCUGUUGGGUGAUUGCUUCUGUCUAGUGUUUCUUCCAUGGUUUUCAUCUGGGUAUUAUACACAAAUGUAAACAUCCCAAUCUCAUAAUAGGUAGUAAAACCAUUUUGAUAAUCCAGUAGUGCAAGGCCUUUUCAUAUAUUUUCUGUUUGGUUCAGGAGCUUUCUCUGUCUCCCAUCCAUCCUGUUUUUAAACAUUGUAAAAGUGACUGGUUCAUUCUAACCUAAUAAUCCACUCCUUUUAAAUUAAUGUAAGGUGUCGUUUGAUAAUCUUUAUUUUUUUUAAUAGGCCUGCACAACUCAAAUUUGACAACUUUAUUAAAAUAACAUUCAAAAAUAAAUUUUACAGGGUUUGUAUCAAGUAACAAACAUAUAUAUAUAAUAGAUCACACAGACAGAUUGAAGAAAACAAAAAGAUUAAGAUGGUUUUAACAGAAAUAUCCUGUCCGUAUAUCUUUCCAUUUCAUAAUGUUGUCAUAUCUUUAAUAUCACAAAUGCAAAGAUUUACAGUUUAAUAAUGAUUAUAACUAUGCAAUUAUUCUUGAUGAGUUCUAUUGUUGUGACUUCAGCUGUUUGAUUGUGUUACAGUGAGGAUCCGUGGAGAGCAGCAAAGAUGAUAAAAGGUUAUAUGCAGCAGCACAACAUUCCCCAAAGGGAAGUGGUGGAUAUUACGGGUUUGAACCAAUCCCAUCUCUCACAACACCUCAACAAAGGAACACCAAUGAAGACCCAAAAACGAGCUGCUUUGUACACUUGGUACGUGCGGAAACAAAGAGAGAUUUUAAGACGUAAGUAUUAUAAAAUAUGCAUUUCUGCAUGAUAUGUUACUGAAUUCUGAUCAUUUUGCUGGCCACUGUAGUUGUCUUGUUGGUUAUCAAAAUCCAUAAUGGGUUAGAGAACCUUUACCAGAAUAGUGCUGCCAAAGUACCCAUUGCCUUUGUACUGAAAAAAAAUUACAUUUGUUUAUAUAAUAUCAUAUAAUGAUACAAAAAAUAAUAAUAACGUCCCUUUUAUAUGAAUAUGUACAAUGUACUAAUGAAGAGAUCGGAGAGUUAUUCAUUACGUAAUGAAUAGUAAGUUUUGGGGAAACCCAGCUGAACAGUUUUAUUUAUUUAUAUAUAUAUAUAUAAUUAUUUGCCAAUCACAAAAUCUAGGUCUUCGAUACAUCUUUAAGGUUGGGAACGUAUGUAUAUUUUGGAAUAUCUACUAGUUGGAAGAGUAGAAAAUUGGUCAAAUGUCCUGUCACUGGAUCUUUGCUUGGAAUGUCUUCUGCUAUUUAGCUGUACCUUUUGAUCUGCUCUUGCUUAAAUCUGUUCUUUAAUGAAUAUAAAUUAUUGUGCAUAGGCGCUAUUUCUGUAGAUCAGAUAAAAUAUUCUCUCUUUUAUUUUCAGAAUUCAACCAGGGUACUGGGAAUAUGACAGACAAAAGCAGUCAGGAUCAGCUGCUGUUUCUCUUUCCAGAGUUCAACCAGCAAGCUCAUGUCCCAGGGCAGCCUGAUGACUCCUGUUCCGAGCCUGCUAAUAAAAAAAUGAGACGCAAUCGCUUCAAAUGGGGUCCUGCAUCACAACACAUUCUUUACCAAGCUUACGAAAGGCAAAAGAAUCCCAGCAAGGAAGAGAGAGAAGCUUUAGUUGAAGAGUGUAACAGGUAAAAUAAAUGCUACUUUCACACUUGUAUCCUUUGGAUCACUGCUAAAUUCCGAUUAGGUCAAAUAAAUGAUGCAACAAUUAUGUAAAAUAGAAACACAGAAUGUGAUGCAGAUAAGAACCAUUCGGCCCAUCUAGUCACCCCAAUUUUAUAAAGACUUUCAUUAGUUCCUGGCCUUAUCUUAUAGUUAGGAUAGCUUUAUGCCUAACCCACGCAUACCAACAAACUUUAAAACCUGUGGUUUCUAACCAUUUUUUGCCAAAGCACACUUAAAUUUAAAAAAACAAAAAACAAAACAAAAACAAGGGCUUACUUUCAUUUUCACUUUUGUCCACAGUUUAGUAUCAAUUAAGGUGUAAAUUAAUGUCAAAGAACUGUUACUUACUAAAAAGUAGAAUGCAUUACUGUGGAAGAACUAGGUGCUUCACAUGGGGAGAGUGGAGACACUAGUUUAUGGAGAUUAGAGUAUACAAAUAUAGUGUUAUUUUGAAUCAAGAAACUCCUUUUAACACACGCCUUUAGAUUUGAUUUUUUAUUUUAACUAUAUCUUAUAACUUGUAUCAACCAUAUAUCUAUAUAUGCUUUAUAAUUUCCUAUUUAAAAUAUAUAUAUCUUUCAUAGAUUUAGAAUAAAAGUAUAUAUAUCAUUUCAUUCUAAGUGUAUUUAUAUAUUAUUUAUACGGAAUUGUAAUAUUUUAUUAAUUAUAUAUUUAGGGACCUGCCUGACAACCAAGGCAGAAAUUCCAGAGAAUUGAAUUAGCAAGCCUUAUAUUUGACCAUGUAACUUUCCAAAACCCCAUACAACCUGUACAUGGAGAGUAUUGUUGUACUUGUGAGACAUUCUUGAACACAAAUGUGUGUUUUAGAGCAGUGAAACUUAUGACAAUAGCAUCAUCAGUGAAAGUGCAUUUUUUUUGUUUUAAAAAUGCAAAAAAAAACAACCAAACAAAUAUGAAUGCUAAAUUUGGCCAGGGUUUGUGACUAAAUGGCUACUGAGAAAGACUGGACAUAACCAAUUUUGAAUACUCUUGGUUGUCUACGUUUACAAAUAGUAUGCCAUGAUGGGGGUAAUUUUCAUUCCUGGGCUGUCAUGGGUUCUCAAGGGCAACAUAACCAAAUCUGGCAAAUUUCAAUAUGUAAAAACUGAAAUGGGCAAGCCCUAUCUAUGACACUGUUACUUUCCAAAACACUAUGUACUACCUGUACAUGGGGGGGGAUCGUUGUACUCAUCGGAUAUGACAGCUUACAAACAAGUCUGUUUUAUUGCGGUAACAGCUAACAGCAUUAUGACAUUCACACUUAAAAUGACAUGCAGAACUUGGAAAAUAAAAAUUUCUUAUAGUUAUAGUUACAUAGUUUAUUAAAAUAUGUUUCAAAUAUAAAUAUUUGAUGUGAAAUGAAAGCCCUCUUUCUCCUGAACACGAUUUAGAAUAAGUAUGGUUAAACAAACAUAAAGCUCAAAUUCUAGGUUCAGAACUUGUACAAUUACCUCCGUCCUCAAAGCGUUAAUAUUAAGCCUUUUGGUUUUUUUUAAUAGAGCAGAGUGUCUUCAGCGUGGUGUUUCUCCAUCAAAGGCACAUGGACUAGGAUCAAACUUGGUCACAGAAGUACGUGUUUAUAACUGGUUUGCAAACAGAAGGAAAGAAGAAGCAUUUCGUCAGAAACUGGCUAUGGACGCUUACAGCACUGGAACACCACACUCUCAUAGCAUGAACCCUCUCCUGUCACAUGCAUCGCCACACCACACUCAACAAAGCUCUUCUCCUCCAAGCAAACUGCAAGGUAGGAAUGCAAAAACUGCACUUCUACAAUUUCUUUUAUGCAUCUUUGUUUCUUGAGUUUCAUGUUAGUAUUUUCAUUAAUUUAUUUUUUAAAUGUCCAUCUCACAAUCGGGAUAAGUAUGUUAAGAAGGAUAAAUGAGAACUGUAGCUCUGGUUGUCAGUUGGGAGGAGGAACACACAGUGCAUAUGGUCCUUUCUGUAAGGAGGUAGUGAUUUUACCAUGCUAGUGAAAGUACAUAAAACUGCGUGCCUGUGGGAUGUGGCCAACAAGGGGCCUGACUUGCUCCUCUGAAACAGCUGUUCCUGUGCAGGUGCUUGUUUUUGAAAUGCGGUAAUAGGUAAAAGCACACUGUAAGCCUUCCACAUUAAUUAAAAAAAAUUGUAUAUGAAUGGUGCUAGCUAUAUAUAUAUCCCCCUUCCAACCUAACUUGUGAACUGAAAAGACAUAACUUGGAAACGUUGUCCCCGAAACUGAUUAUCUACACUUACAACAAGCUAGCAUGGUUGCAAAACUCCUGUGUUUCUGUAAAUGUACAGCUUACAGCAGCAGUAUAAAGCACAGAGUUUUAGAUUCUUAACCCGAGUAUGUCCUCUUACUACUUCUACUUCUGCCCCUCUUUCACCUUUCUUGUGCCAGGCAGCUAUGGACCAUGAUAUGCUGCCAGAUAGAUACUAUAUUCUGGCUGCCAACGCAACUCAAGUGCGUUUGACAAGUUUUGUCCUCAUAUUAAUAAUAAAAAGAUUUGCAUCUCUCUGCAGCAUAAUACUACCCCUGUAGUCACACCUCCUCUUUUCACAAAUCUUCUUCCUGAUUUCAAGUACAGGGAGGAUGAAAUAUGAAUAUAAGGCCAAAACAUACCAAAAGUAGUGUUGGUGUGUGAGGCAUAUUCAAUUGUUCUCUAGGCAGAAACUUUUUCAUCUCAUCAUAACCACUACAGGUAAUUAUAGAGAGGCAAAGAGUCUUAAGCCUGGGUUUAUGUAAAACCAUUGUAUAUUGUUUUGACUAUGCUCCUGUCAACUGCAACCCUGCCACAGUUUGCCACUAGUUCCCAACAAUUAAGGCCCAGGCUGCACACAUUUGAACAACUUUGAUUUCAAUUAAACUAAUCCAAAAUGAUAUGACACCAAAUGGGGAAACAUUGCAUUCAUGCUCCUCACACCAUAAUUGCUGCAAUGCGCUGCAAUCGUUAUGAUGCUUACAGUGCCCCUUUCGUCAGAAUUCCAUUUUCAAGAUACGCUCCGUGAUUACUAUAUUGAGGAACUUUUUUUCACAUGAGUAACGAGACACUAGUAAGAAACAUACAACUGUCCAUAGAAACUUACAUUACCAAAUGUGAUUGGUCAGUAUUAUUGCAAUUGAAAACAAACUACAGGCUGCAAAUAUAUAUUUUGUUGGUGUUGUUGUUGAUAUACAUUAAUUGGUUAUCCUAACAUGGUUUCUGCAUUUAGUUGGCCUGGCACCUGUUGACAUGUUCUAGAGCAGGCAUAGGCAACCUUCGGCACUGCAGAUGUUUUGGACUACACCUCCCAUGAUGCUUUGCCAGCAUUAUGUGUGUUAGAGCAUUAUGGGGGAUGUAGUCCACAACAUCUGGAGUGCCGAAGGUUGCCUAUCCCUGUUCUAGAGAAUGAUUUUUUUUUGUCUCUGGCCUGUAUCUUACUGAACUCCACUAAUAUAGUAAAUCAUCACCUUCUGUUUUUGGCUACAAUUUAAAUAUUUCUUUUUCCUUUCUACAUGUCUAUCUUUUUUAUAAUAGUGUCUGCUCUCUGCAAGUUAUGUAAAUUAUUAGCGUUUUUGUAUCUUUUGGUACCUUGACUUAAUACAUGUGUUUCAUUUUUAUUUUUUUAAUGUAUGUAAAUAUCUGUAGGCUAUUGUGAUAGCCUUUAAGGUUAUAUUUACAGGAUGGAUGCUGUUUUUUUUUGAUUAUUGAUUUUGUUGAUGUUCUAUCAGUACCUUUUGUUAGAAAGGUAUAUUGGCAUAUCCAUUUAAUCAGGGGACAUGAGCAACAGUGUUCUAUUGUUGAUCUACAUCCAGGUGAUAACAUUUAUGUCUGGAGGAAAAAUGAUGUAAAGAAACUCUGUGUGUAUAAAAUACCAAAACAAUCAGACUGUAGAAGAUAGCUAGUGACGGGAUAAAGUGAGUAGCUGGUAAAAGGCAUUGUAUGAUAAGAACACUAUUGUUCUUCUACCUGUAAUCUACAUGACAUCCAACUCAAGUGGCAAACAAAUGAAAGCAGACUUCUGACAAGCACAAAGGUCAAAACAGGGUCAGAGUUGGGUCACAAUCUCUUCUUUCCCAGAACUGAUCUUUCUGAUGAACGGACUUGUUUUUAUGCUCCCGACUAUUAGUUUAUAAGAUAUUUUAUAUCCAGGUCUAGGUCUCUCAAGACAAAUGCAUGUUACCUUAAUAUAGAGUGAUGCCACUCUCAGGGAGAAUUUUAAUUAACAAUUAGUACUUUUCAUUACAUGGGCUAAGGGUCACUUUAUAAUCCUCCUCCACCACCUCAGACUUUCUUGACCUGUGACCUACUGCUACUUUCCAUUCUGUGUCCUGACGGUUUCGUCGGGUUUUCAUGUAUGGCGCAGUCAAUUUGGUAAAUCUACUUUUGUCAGCACCAUAACUUUGCCCUCCCUAGCGCGUGCACAUGCCCAGUUUUUUCCAAAUCGUGUGACGUCCUUGGUGGGAGGAGGUGACGCAGGCCUGAAGUUAGGUAAGAAAUUACAACCAAUGACAAAGUUGACAAAUUAUGUAGAUCUUGAUUGAAGCUCCACCUUUUGUUAUCUUUGUCAACAUGCAGUUUCUACAUAAGAAAAUAGUCACUACUUUUUCUUAUGUAUAAUUUAUGAAACAAUGUAAUUUUAUCAAGCAAAAUGGCUUCCCAGUGGGACACAGUGGAGCACUACUAAUUAAAUAUACAAAAGUGAUAGUCGCUUUAACAGUGGACAUUAAUAUAAGUGUACUUUUCCUACUGAGCUCUGGAAAACACUGGAUUUGCGAACACUGAAAAAUCCCUGAAAAUGAUUCACAUUAUAUCCAUCAGUGAAAGAGCAGCUGCAUUUGUUGUUAUUAUUAUUAUGAUAUUUAUAGAGCGCCGUCAAAUUCCGCAGUGCUUUACAAUGGGUGGACGAACAGACAUGUAGUUGUAACCAGACAAGUUGGACACACGGGAACAGAGGGGUUGAGGGCCCUGCUCAACGAGCUUACAUGCUAGAGGGAGUGGGGUAAAAUGACACAAAAAGGUAAGGAUAGUAUUAGACUAGUGACAGUUGCAGAAGAGGAAUCAGUCAGGAGCUAUUAACAGUUUAAUUGAUACGCUUUUAUGAAGAAGAGGGUUUUUAACGAUUUUUUUAAGUAGUGGAGAAUGGGUGAGCACCUAACGGAGGAGGAAAGUGAGUUCCACAGAAAUGGUGCAGCCCUCGAGAAAUCUUGAAGGCGAGCAUCAGAGGUGGGAGUACGGACAGAAGAUAGACGUAAGUCUUCAGCAGAUCGUAAGGGCCUAGACGGGACAUACUUGUGUAUAAGGGAGGAUGCUUGAAUUGCAUAAGACUUGCUUUAAAUGUGUAACAUUGUAUUUGUACAUGCUCUCUAGGAUGUACUUGAAAGCAAGACCGACCUCACCGUAGGCUUCCUGCUGCAACACUUUAUAAAUUAUAAGAAAACUGAAUGACUGUUGCACUGUUGAGGAAUCAAAGAGUCACAUGAAAUGUUUUAUAGGGAAAUGAUGUCAUCACAAGUUGCCAGCCUUCCACCAAGGCCAUAGCAUAUGCAGACCACUAGAAAUAUUGUUUCACAUGCUCAUGUCCAUUUAUUAUACUCUUGGCCAUGCAGUUUGUUUUUGCAUUUGGAAUUUUGAGUUGUUUUCCUCCCAACUUGAGAAGUAGGCCCUAUAUAUAGUGUGGUGUUUGAUGUGAAGGUGUUUUCAGCAAUUUAGUCAAUAUCAAAGUGGAUUCUUUGAACAGAUAUUAUGGCUGAGAAUGGUAGUAGUUGUGCCUAGUUGCCUUUUUCCCAUGUGGUAUAUCAGUAAUUCCAAUAAAUAAUAAAAGUUUGUGCGCUUGUCCCCUCUGAUGCAUGUAAUGCACAGGCAUAGAAAGAAAAUCACAGGACAAACCACUUGAAGCAGCAAUGGACCAGUUUUUGUUUUGUUUUUCUCUUGAGUUGCUUCUUAAUAAUCUUAAAGUCUGAAAUGGAAAACAAGCUAUUAAUAGUAAUAGAGUUUUUCCUGAAUGUAUCAUACCACUGAUUCUGUCGAAAAUAAGUGUAUCGCAAAAUAAAUAAUAAAUAUUGCAUAGUAUUAACUGUGCAGGGAGAAGACAUGAAGAGGGAGUUCAGUAAUACAUUGUACCUGGGAACAGAAACUAGCAGACUAGGUAAGCAAUGUGGCAGGAUCUAGGGGUCUGAGGCCUUCUGUGCAAUACCAUGAGAAUAGUGUAACUGCCAUUAUCACAUGGGUUAACCCGCUCUAUUAUCACAUGGGUUAACCUGCCGCCAGCCCCCUAACCCUAUGGAAUGUACACAAACUCUCUGCAUGGGAAUUUGCUUCCAAUGGUCCUUGGUUUGGCCAAACAGUUCCAAUUUCUGGGUUUUGUCUCGUCAAUCCAUGGGAAUUGUCCUCAGCCGAUAUUAGACAUGCACUCAAGACAUUCAUCCCAUGGGCAUUGUGAUUUAACAGCCCUUUGUUCUGCUCUGAGAGGGGAAGGCACUAAGCUUGGUUGGCACAUGGUUCCUGACACCAUCUCAGGCAGGCCUCACUCUGUGGACGUUGGCAGUAAUGCAGGACCCCUCUGCCAACCACUGCCCCAGUUUCAAACCUUUAGAUGUCUUUCUUGUUUGUUUUUUUUACAUUUUCCCCUGUUUUAGUUUCGAUUUAAUCUUUUUAAGAAACUCUGAAUUGUUGACUAUUGAUUAUACUUUAUUUGUGUUUACCAGUACCGGUUUCAUGAGUGAUACACACACUAUGGUUUUAUCUUCCUGUAGUAUAAACGACAAAAUUAUUGCAUAACAAAAAUUUAAAAAUGCAUAAAAUAACAACUUGUAAACUACUUUCAGCAUUAUAUACACUAGUUUGAGUGCACAUUGACACCAGGCAAUAUCUACUCUUCUUUAUUCCAUUGGUGAGAUACAGGUCAGUGUCUUGAGCUGUGUUGUAUCUUUACAGGAUGACCAAAUAGUGACCCUAAUUCAGGAAUGUACUACAUAAUAGGAGUGUAUUGGAGAAGUUUGCCUCUCUUAUCACAGACAGAUUGCUUACAAGAUGCCCCAAAAGUACACUGUCAGCAAAGUCAGCUGUUUUCUGUGUUGUUCUCUGGAGUUACAAUAAUGCAACAGCAUGCAGCCUUGCGUUGUCAUGGUAUUGUCUGUCUUAUGCAUGGUUAAUUGACAAUUACACUAAGACUUAGGACAAGCCUUGUAGCCUUUGAUGUGUCUUCACCCUUCCAGUGCGUACUCAGUCACUGCAUGACACCUUUUGUUUUUUUUCUAUUAGGGGGCUACAAUUACUGUAUGUAUGUUCAUUUAUCUUUACCCAGAAGGCCUUUAAGACCUGGUCUUAAUUUUACAAGAUCUAGACGAGACAGCAGGAGCUGUCCAGGCAUAUAGGUCCCUCUGACAGCCUAUUCUGUGCCUCUUUUUCAGAGAAGAGGAGUGAUGGUUACAUCCCUGAUACGGUUUCUGAAUUGAAAAAAGGGAUCUUCAGAGGUCAUAAAGGGUCGGUGUGAAAAUUGAUUGAAUUUGCUGGAGACUGGUGCUUAUAUUGAUUAGAUUCCAUAGAAGAAGGAAAUUGGCACAGAAUAUUUGUAUAUCUGGCCUUGGAAGAUUAAGCAUAUCAGUUAUAAUGUCUGACCUUACAACAGAAAAAUUCUUUGUAGACCUGAGGAAUACAAGCUUAGACAAAGAGGAUUUUAAAGGGUUAAGAGAGGAAACUUUGAAAAAUUGAUGCCUUUAUACCCAAAACAUAAAAAAUAUUUAAACAAAAUUAAAAUAUACGUCGAUGCUAAAUGAAAUACUUAUUAACUCUUAACGUUUUACAGAUUAAUCUGUUAACCCACUUACUCCAAAUAUAAAAGCUAUUUUUAGAUUAAAGGAACCUCUUUAGAAAAUGUUUAAAAUCAACAUUAAAUUUAGUUUUUUUUGAAUGCAGAAAAGGACUCAUCACUGCUGCCUGGUCUUCCAAAUACAUGGCCUUUAAUCUUGAUGAGUUUUGUCGCAAUAAAUGUUUUUGUUAUAGAACUAUUGAGAACACUGACGUAAUCCAUCAAUACAAUGCUUCUUUAGCAGUACACACCGCUAUGUGCAUGCUGAUGCUGCACAUGAAAUAGAACAAUUAUUGAAUCUUAUUUCAAAUCCCUCUUUGGCCACCUGUCUCUACAGACAAGGCGAUUGCUAAAUGUAAACAGUGCCAUUUCUGUUAAAUGGCACUGCUUGCAUCUGCUGGGCUGCAGGGGCAGCAUUGUUGCCCCACAAAUUACUUAUUUACGAUGAAGUGAUUUUAGUACGUAAAAUGUGCCUUUAAAUGCAAUGUUCAUAUUUUGUUGAGAUAAGUGUAAAAAAAUACAAAUGUUAUUUUGCUUAUUUACAUCUGUGAAUAUUGUAUGCAGUUGAAGUCUCCUAAAAUAAUUGCAAAAAGCCUAAACUAAGUACGGUACCCAUUUUUGUUGACUUUCCAGUGUCCAUCCAAAUUCUUGUUUCCUAUGAUAACAUUGUCUUCACAUUUGUUUGUUGUCUGUAAAAAUAGCACUGAUUUCCAAGAAGACCUCACAGAGUUCCCCCAGGACAAUAGAUUUAUCUGUUUUGCACUGGAAAAGCAAGUACUUGUUGGAAUUGCGUUUCAGAAAAGCAAAAGGCCCUGGAUUGUAUUUUAUAGCAGAUUUUGCUAUUGAAAUUGAAUAUAAAAAAAAUUAUGGCAAGAUAAAAAAAAAAAAAAAUGUAGUGUGAAGCUUAAGAUAGACCAUCUGUUAAAUUUAUGGAAUAUAGAGUUCAAAAUUGGCCAAUAAGAUCUACAAUAACAUGAGUUAGACUUAUCUAUUCGCAACUCAUUGUCGAAUAUACUUAAUGCAUAUACACAUUUAGGGUUUUAUCUGAUAUGGUUGUUGUUUGCUUGGGACCUCAUGACUAUAAUGGAGAACCGAAGUAUUGCAGCUAGAGUUUUCAUAGAUUUCAUUUAACCCCUUAAGGACCAAACUUCUGGAAUAAAAGGGAAUCAUGACAUGUCACACAUGUCAUGUGUCCUUAAGUGGUUAAAUAACCAAGGAAUAUUUUCUGCAGGUUUAUUUGGCUUGAGACACACACCAAUGAUUUCACCAUUGGUAGAUCUAAUAAUUACAUGGAUGAUCAAGGCUAAUAGAAAUGGGCAGUACAAGGAACUUCUGUACUUCUUCCAUUCUUCUACAUCCAAUUGGACUUUUCAACUUGAAUCUUAUUCUGGAGACAUAUCAAAGAUUGUCUCAGUACUUUUUUAUUUUCUUAAAUUCUUACCCUAACACAUAACUUCUGCUUCUGAGUGCUGUUUGCUUAUUCCCGUUUCUGGCUCUGCUUGUCCAGGCUGAACUUGAUGGACACGUGUCUCUUUUCAGCCUACGUAACCAUAUGUAACGAACAUGUACCAUAAAUGUGGAUGUAAGAAAUCCAAAACUGAAUUAACAGAUUGGCAGGAAUAUGGUGGCUGUAAAUUUUUACACAUUCUUAUCCAUUAUUAUACAGCACUUCAUAUUUUAGAUUUCAUAAUUUAGUUCUCUAGUUGUGUUACAUUUGUAAAUAAAGGUGUAACUCUAUCUGCUUUUAGCAUAAACCAACUCUGCGUUAUUAAGAUAUAUUUUGAUAUAGCCAACAUAAAGCGUUAUAAAUCUACAUUAUCUAUAUGUGUGUAGAAGCACCUAUUUUAACUAACUAUAAUUUGACCUUAUUGGUCCAGGCUUUGGGUAAGGUAAUGAAGAGAACACUGGAGGUGCAUUUAGAUUGGAGAGCUCACUAGAUCAGUGAUGGCUAACUUUGACACCAUAAAUUGUUUCUGGACUACAUUUCCCAUGAUGCUCAGUUAGCUUUUAGAGUAUAAAAGCUAGCUGAGCAUCAUGCUGAGCAUCAUGGGAAAUGUAGUCCAGAAACCAUUUAUGGUGUCAAGGUUAGCCAUCACUGCACUAGAUGUUGUAGUAUUGAAAUAUCUCUAAACUAUUUACAGGAAUUAAAUAAAAAUAUAAUGACUCAGUGUGAUAACUAAAAAUAUUUAAUGCUUCCAACCAGGUACUUGGUCAUCCACUAUGUAAAAAAGAUUUAGAAGUGUCAACACUGAAUUAAAACAGAUUUAUUGUUAUCAUUAGAUAGUUUGAUGUUUUAGUUUGCUGGUUUCCCAGCGCUAUGUUCAUUCCUUUAAUUACGAAGGGAAAUUCCUUAAAACGAUUUCAAGUAUUUUUGUCAUACCAUGAAUUUAAUCUGAUCUUCCAUGGAGUCAGAUCAAAUGUUAUGUGUAAGUUACUCCCUCAUAUAGAGGUUGGGAACCUGUGACAGAGUUCAUGUUUUGCAACUACAGAGCCUGAAAGCUGUUUAUAGUUUUGUGUUGUGGUAUUAAACAAAUGACUUCACAAAAUGGCUUAACCUUGAAAUUAUUCUCGCCAGGUCCUUUUGAUAAACGUGGCAAUGCUGGGAAAGCAAAUUAAUAGCUAAUUAAUACAUGUAACUGAAUUGGUCAUUUUUGAUUCAAAACAUUCCAUUGCUCUUCAAAAACACCAGUGGGUUUAGUUACAAAAUAUUUAUUCUUUUGGUAAUCUGACAACCGAUUUGCAAAGUUUAGGCUAUAAUAUCCAAGCUGAAAAAAGUUUCAAGUUCAAAUAAUUGUGUCCAUGCUUCACAAUUAUUCCCCUUUUUUGUAGAGAGGACAUUUUUACAACUCAUAUCCAUUUUUCUACUUUGUUUUCAAGUUCAGAAUCUUUAGUGUGUGAAUAUAUCACAAGGUACAUAUAAAGCUAUGCUGACUAUAUUAAACUAUUCUAAGUGGGCCUUUAUAGUAAAUGCAUUUAGAAAUUAGUUUGUAUAGACACAAGGCUUUUUACUUGUAAUUUGCUGUUUUAAUCAAGGAAACUGCUUUUAGUUACCUCCCAACUUCGGCAUCUUGUGAAGCGGGACGCUGGUGCAAGGUGUAAAAGGAGGACCAGUGAUAGGGUCCAUAUCCCCAGCUGUGCCAAAAGAGUUCAGGUCUACCCAUAGAAUUUUUACUCAGCCUCUCGUGAAUGCAUGUCAGGCUGCCUGACAAUAAAGUAGGCCGACCUACCAAGGGUGAAAUAAGCAGAGAGCUCUCUACAGGGUCAUAAUGCCCUGAUCAUAGCAUGAGUAAGACUAAUGUUUCACUAUGCUUGUUGGGGACAGUUCCAUGAUGUCCCCAUAAGUGAGAAACCUGGGAACAAAAUCAGUCUGGCGGGGCAGAAGCAGAAAAUCGGGAUUGGACUGGUCGGGAGGCCUGCCAUGAGUUUAUCUAAAAUGUACUUGAAUUACACUCCCUGUAAUUGGUAUUAUAAACGUUAUAGAGGUUAUUUACUAAGAUGAAAAUUGUUGAAAAUUCAAAGUGAAUUUCAAAUUUAAGUUGAACUGGAAAAAUUCUCCAAGUCAACUUUUACUUUGAUUUUGAAAUUUACUUUGAAUUCCUGACAAUUUUCACUUUACCAGAUUAUACUGUAAGUGUGCUUUUUUUGCAAUUUAAAAUAUUGGAAGAUAUGUCCUGCCCAGAUUGGUCAUUUUUGGUCCUAAAUUACAAGUUUGUUGUCAAAUCUGCUCGGCUUGCUGUUACAUGAAUUAAUAAAACUUGCACACUAAUAUAAACUAAAUAGAUAAUCGAUGUAUAACUAAAUAGAUAAUCGAUGAAUAGUUGAAACAUUGUGAAUAUUAAUUAUGAAUUAGCUUUUCACAAUUACAUUCCAUAAUGCUAAAUAAAGCUAUUUUUAAAUUCACCCAACCUACCUAGUGGUCCUAUCACCAAAAAUAAACUUUAUCUAAUCUGCUUCUAUAUAGCUCACUGUGUCCAAAUCUCUUAUCUUUUCCCAAGCGCCCUAGUUUACAGAAAAUACUUUUUUCCUCUUGUCUAGCAGUCAAGUUUAAAAUUUUUUACAAUGGGUGGAGCUUAGGCAAGGUUCGCGUUUCAGAUGCCAAGCAAAUUUACCAACAAUUCAUCACUAAAACUAAUCCCACAGAAGGGCAAACAGCAGAGACAUAGGCAGAGGAGAACAAAAUGGCUUCACCCAGAUAUUGAGAUCUGGACCAAGGAAUAAAACAAUACUAAACAUAAAUAAUGGCAAGGGUGUGGGGGAAACAAUCAUUAAGGUACAGGGGGCAUAAGGAAAGUCAAACCAAACUGGGAAAAAAAACCAUGACAGGGUUAAUUUAAACAAACCCAUCCUAAGGUCUCCGACUACAAGACAUUAAAAUGAUUAUAUUUGAAUUGUAAAUAUCUUCUUAAGUUAUGUUCUGAAUUUCCAAAGACUAUGUAAAUAAAUUAAAUUAGAUUUUCAAAAUUAUUAUAUGAAGCCUAGUUUGUUUUAUAUAUUUGAGUCUGAAGUGGAGUUUUAUUAGAGAUCAGCAAGUUAUUAUUCUGAAUUUAUGUUAUAAAGUACAAAUAUUCUGCCUUGCUGUAUCCCAAGUAGUCAUAACUUGUACAUUAUUGGCGACAUGCUUUUAGAAAGACCGAGGAUAGCCUUUCCUAAAUGUUUUACUUUAAACAUAGACAUUUUCAGUGGAAUUGCUAGCUAUUUCUACACUAAAUUUAAAAAGGCAGCUAUGAAUACUAAAACCUCUUAAUAAAAACCUGGUCAUUUAUGUUAUAGGUAAAAAUAUAGAGUAUCAUUCUGCCUCCUAAAAUUUACAUUUUGUCCUUUAUUAUAUUUAAAAAUGCCAUAUUAUCCAAUCAUACAAAGUAUACCGAUUAUCUAUUGAAAUGUUGUUAAAACGAAGCAUCUUGAAAAAUAAAGAAUAAAAAAAAAAAAGUCAUAUUAUCAUAUGCUUCUAAAUGUGCUUUUCAAAAUAAUUGAAAAAAUUAUGCGAUAAAAAAAAAUGAGCACAAAAUAAUUGAUCAGAUUUGUUUAUCUAUCACUGUGUAUGUACAUAUUCAGAAUGAGUAGAAGAAUGUUUUUAAAAUGGUCUACCCAUUUGACUCUAUAGUACAAAUAUGAAAUAUGUGAUUUCUUUUAACACUAAUAUAAUUUAUAGGAAAAAAUGCUUAGGCUUUAUGUGUUUAAUAUACAUAUAAUGGCACAUCAGUUAAACAUUUUAUUUUAAAAAUUGUUGGUGAAAUGAAUACCUAAAUGGCUUUGAAAAACAAAAAUCAACAAGUGAUGUCAAUAACCUUGGAAUACUUAAGAUAAACGCAAAAGUACAAAGAAUAUAACUGGCAUUGAGCACUAACAUAUUUUACUGUUGUAUACCUCUGCAUUCAUGUGUCAGUACAUUCUGAUGUUGAAAAGAUUUUCAGGUUUUAUUGAGGCAAUAAGAGCUUUGCAACCACUGCUGAGUGGGUUGGGCUGGUUGCAAUAAACAGGUUUAUAAGGGACAUAAAACUAGACGUCAUAGCUUUUGUGACAGGACUCUCAACAAGUCUGAAUGUCGGGAUACUUGAGUAGAUAUGAGUACAUCAAUUGCUGAAAUGCCUUGAGUACCAGUAACAUAAGUGCACCUCAUGCAGUUGGCUCAAAGAGAAGUCAGUGCAGAAUUUAGAAUAUUCUAAAUAUCAAAUCACAAAAUUAAAAAAAAUGUCAGAAAUUACAUGGGGCUUUAGCUCCAGAACAUCUGUUUGAGCAAAUCUAUUAUUCUGGUACAAUGAGAUUUUUUAAUUAAACUAUAAGCUGUAGGUUCUUGUCAAGUAAUUAGCAUUUUUUUUAACCCAACAUAAUUAAGUUAGAGAGAAUUUCGGCAACUUUCUUCCACAGAUAUUUUUUUUUUAAAUUGUCUGUAUUUUUUAAAUCGAUUAUCAGUGUAUCUCAUCUUACUGUCUUGUCUGUUGUCACCAACUGAUUUUGUAACUUUGAUUGUUCUGAACUUUAUGCAUGGUCCUACUGCCCAUUGUAGUAUGAGCGCAUAUAAUAAUAUGCUCGCAAUUUGCUGCUUGAUGAUAGGCAAAAUCAGGACACCGGGCAAGACCUUGAAAUUGGGACUGUCCCGCCAAAAUUGGGACAAUGGGGAGUCCUGCAUAUUGAUAGAGUUUAUUAGAAUAAACCAUUUUUUUCAUAUUUGUGAAGAACAUAUCUUACAACAUAUAUAAACGUUCAAAAAACAUCAUUUAUUAUGCGAUCCUUAAAAACAAAAGGGAAGAGAUGAAAGACUCCCAAAAUAUCUGUUAACUUAGCAGCAUCUACAUCCUGCAACAAUGACUGUACUUUCAAUCCUGCUACUUUUCUUUUAUCACUAAAUAUGUCAACAUUAGACAUAUUUGUUGCUGUAAGCUUUUUUCAAAAGUAAAUAAAGGAAUUUGGCAUGAAAUAAUAUGAAAGCAAUUAUCAGGCCUUGAAGUUUGCUGAGGACACUUCUGUGUGGAAAACACCCUACUGGGAAGCAUUGAGGAACAAUGCUCCAGGCUUAGAACCUUAAAAGUAUAACAUGGGGAUUAGACUGGUGAGAACAAACCAGAAUAUGCAUUUCAGUGAUCUUGUACCUACUAGAGAAACAGGGAAACAAAGUAAAAGGUUCUGAAUAGAAAGGGCUUCUUGUGAUAUGCUAAUGUGUGACAUUUCCCAGUUUGGUAUAAACUCACUUCCGUGUUAAUUAGCUCUGUGGUAUUACAAGGCUCCCUUGCUGUUUUUAUCAAAACGGAAAUAAAAAUACUUAAUAGAAACAAGUAAAGAGAUAACUAAGUAAAUGUGACGAAACAAUUAACAAUUUUACCCUAGUUUUGUUUUCAAUUCUGAAGAAAAACAUGGUUUGUUUGACACCUGAUGUCUCUAUUCAGAUUUUCCUAUAAAGGGGAUCUGAGUCAAGAUUCUGGUGGUCCAUGACUGGAACAUUGUUAAACAAAUCAGAAAAGUAUUUUCUUGGUGAGCUUCAAUAAUGUUAAGUUUAGAAGAACAAUCCACAGCUGUAGUGGUUAUGGUGCCAAGAUUGCCUUAGCGCCAUACCAUGGUAAAAUGUCAAACCAUAUUAGUACACUGUAGUGGUUAUGGUACAUGGAGUGUUCGUUUAUUUCAAACAUAGCACAGUUUUGUGUACAGAAAACAGUAUUUAUUUUUUUAAAGUAUAUCUCUAUCUAUGAAUUUUGUUACAAUCUGACUAUUGUAGAUAAAAGGUUUAAUGUCUUAAACAUUUGUUUGAGUGACAGGUUUACUUUGUUAUAUAAUAUAGUGGUGAGAAACCUUUUAAUUAUUAUCUAUAUUAUUUACUGCUUAUUAACAUGGGUUCACUUUCAAAAACUGAUUGCUCAGUUUUAUCUUAAAGUUCUUUGUACUUUGUUUUUUAUCUGGUAGAUAGGAAAGGAGUUUCAGUUUAUUGGUCAAGACAAGAUGCCCAGAGUAUCAUGUAAAUCUAUACAUUAGGCAUGCUUUAAGUAUUACUAUCUGGAUUAUUUCCUAACGUGAGAAAAGAAGCUAUUUUGACCUUAAGGGAACACUAUAAUAUUAGGAAUACAAACAUGUAUUCCUAACACUGGAGUGGCUGUUUAGGUCAUCCACCCCCCCCCCACCCUCAGACUGCAUUUAAAAGAUGAUUUAACAUACCCUUUCUUUAUCGCCAUGUUGGUCGCAUCAUGACUUACCUAGUCUCCGUGGCUGAAAUCAUCAAGAUUGAUGAUCUCAGCCAAUCCAGUGCUUUUCCAUAGAAAAAUGCAUUGGGAGCUAUUUCACAUGCGCAGCAAAAUUCCUCACUGCACCAAUCAGCAUCUCCACAUAGACAUGCACUGAAUCAGCACAUUACACCAUGGAGAACGUUCACGAUGCAGUACUGAACUAGGAGGCACCUCUACUGGCCGUCUCAGUGACUGCCACUAGAGGUGUACCUAGGCAGCAAUGCAAACACUGCCUUUUCUCUGAAAAAGCAGUGUUGACAUUGAAAAGCCUGCAGGGAUAAUCGUUAGACACCAUAACCACUACAUCAAAUUGACAAGAAUUCCCACUUUUAGUAAAUAACCUUGUAAAUAUAUUUUCUAAGCUUCUGAACUAUUCUAAAGAUGUAAAGAUACAUUAUAAAUCGCUGGUAAGACCAAACCUUGAAUAUGCUUUGCAGUUUUGGGCACCUGUUCUAAAGAAGGAUAUCAUGGCACUAGAAAAAGUGCAGAUAUGAGCUACAAAAUUGAUAAAAGGAAUGGAGCACUUUAGUUACAAAAAACGGUUAAAAAAUUUAAAUCUCUUUAGUUUGGAAACACGACGCCUCAGAGGGGUUAUGAUAACAUACAAAUAUAUUCAGGGCCAAUACAAACCAUUAUCUGGAAAUCUAUUCCUAAACAGGGCUAUACAUAGGACAUAGGAUGCAUUUAGGCUGGAAGAAAGGAGAUUUAAUCUAAGGCAAAGAAAAGUGUUUUUUUUUUUUUAUAGUAAGAACUAUAAGGAUAUAGAAUUCUCUGCAUAAGUAGGUGGUUUUAUCAGAUUCCAUACAGAUGUUUAAACAACAAUUGGAUAAAUACUUUCAAACACAUAACAUACAGGGAUAUAAUUUCUAAUUAGUGGGGUAAUAGCUGCGUGAUACAAGGAGAUAUCUGACUGACAUUUUUGGGUCAAGAAGGAAUUUUUUCCUAGUUUGUUGAUAAAUUGGAAGUGCUUCAGACUGGAUUUUUUUCCUUCUUUUGGAUCAACAGCAAAAACAUAUGUGAGGAAAGCUGAACUUGAUGGACCCAAGUCUCUUUUCAGCCAUGUUACUAUGUAAUAUGUAAUACAGACUGUCACUUUUUUGGGUCUUUACAUAUUUUGAAAAUACUUUAAGGGAAAUUUCUUUCAGGUUUAUGAGGUUUCAUGAUAUUUUCAAGUGGUUUGGCAGAAAAACAAACAGAAAAAAAGCCCACCUCUCAGCUUUGGAUUUCAUAUGAGAAAUUCCAAACAUAUUGUAGUGGUUGGGUCUGGUGUGCAAUAUGCCGGUAAACUUAUUCAGCACUGACAAAUUGAGACAUACUCCGGUUUUCAAUUCAAUUCAAAUUUGAACAAUGUUGUAGAGAUAAUGCAAUUAUCAAACUUCCACAUGUUCCACAUUCCAAAUUUGAGUUUCAGAAGAGCCCCUGAAUUUUUUAAGAUGCUCAAAACCAGUUUGACAAAAAGAAGUACUGUAGCUGAAAUCCUCUUGCUCCUUAAACAGAUUAUAUAGUGUUAGGAAUACAAAUCUUUCCCUCAGCUCUUGGUCGGUGUGCAGGCUCCUCCGACGUCAUGCAACAAGGAGACCAAAUGCGCAGAGAGCGCUGCGAGCACAUUACGCCCUCUUUAUAGAAAAGCAUUGCCUCAUUGCUUUCCUAUGGGGUUCUCAAUGACGCUGGAUUUUCUCAAGCAGAGCGUGAGCACGUCCAGCGUCAUUUAAAGGAGUCAAACUUUGUUAGAAUCAGGGAAGCGCCUCCAGUGGCUGUCUGGUAGACAGCCACUAGAGGCAGUCUUAGUCCUGUUUUACAUAGCAGGACUAAAGGGGACAGGGACACUGCACCUACACUGUCCCUUUCACCACUACAAUAAAAUGCUUUAAUGCUGCUCACGCACUGUGCUUUCUGGAAAAAUUUAUCCGGUGAGAGAAGCCAGUCACCAGUGUACACACCUGAGACUCAAAGAUGGUACACAGUUUGGCACUAUUUUCUAAUGUUCUGUAAUUUUUUUUGUUUGGGUCUAACUCAGAAUGAAUCACAUUGAAAGUAUGGAGCUACUAUGCUUAUUUUCUGGGGUUUUCGGUUCUCUUUAUGUCAGGUUAAGAGACUGAAUUUUGUGCUCUGUUUGUUGUACUUUGAGCUGACAUGAUAAAGCUGUAUCAGAUCUGUUGCCAGAGCAAUACCUGAUACUUCCUAAACCUCUUUACAUGUAUUUUAUGUAAUCGUUAGGAAAGGAAAUAACAUUUCCUAGAAGUCACAGAUCUUAUCAAAUAGUCCAUAUAAUACUGAGUUUUUCAAUCUAACAGAUAAGUCUAUUCACUAAACAAACUGACAUAGGCAAAAAUAUGAUAGUUGAGUUGAGAAAACCUUUCCUCUCUAUUGAAAUGGACUCUUCCAAUUAAGCUAUUUGAAACUGCAGUUGAUAGAUCAGUUCUGAAAUCAUGACGCUGUAUUGCUUACAGUUUUCAUUCUUGCUCAUUACAACUCAUAUGACUGUUGUUAUUGGCAGACAAGCUAUAAGCCUUAUUUUCCUUGUUCCCUUUUAACUUGCAGUGAGUUAUGUAAUAUCAUUCCUGAUGUACCCCCAUCUAAUUUUACCAAGAUAUGAUUUAAUUGAUGAAGUCGUAACUAUAUAUAUAUUCAGUAUCUCUCAAAAGUGAGUACACCCCUCACAUUUUUGUAAAUAUUUUAUUAUAUCUUUUCAUGUGACAACACUGAAGAAAUGACACUCUGCUACAAUGUAAUGUAGUAAGUGUAAAGCCUGUAUAACUGUGUAAAUUUGCUGUCCCCUCAAAAUAACUCAACACCCAGCCAUUAAUGUCUAAACUGUUGGCAACAAAAGUGAGUACACCCCUAAGUGGAAAUGUCCAAAUUGGGCCCAAUUAGCCAUUUCCCCUCCCCGGUGUAAUGUGACUCGUUAGUGUUACAAGGUCUUAGGUGUGAAUGGGGAGAAGGUGUGUUAAAUUUGGUAUUAUUACACUCUCUCAUACUGGUCAGUGGAAGUUCAAUAUUGCACCUCAUGGCAAAGAACUCUCUGAAAAAAAGAAUUGUUGCUUUACAUAAAGAUAGCCUAGGCUAUAAGAAGAUUACUAAGACCCUGAAACUGAGCUGCAGCACUUUGGGCAAGCCCAUACAGCGGCUUCACAGGACAAGUUCCACUCAGAACAGGCCUCGCCGUGGUCGACCAAAGAAGUUGAGUGCACGUGCUCAGCGUCAUAUCCAGAGGUUGUCUUUGGGAAAUAGACAUAUGAAUGUUGACAGAAUUGCUGCAGAGGUUGAAAGGGUUGGGGGAUCAGCAUGUCAGUGCUCAGAUUAUACGGCGCACAUUGCAUCAAAUUGGUGGGCAUGGCUGUCGUCCCAGAAGGAAGCCUCUUCUAAAGAUGAUGCACAAGAAAGCCCGCAAACAGUUUGCUGAAGACAAGCAGCUCAAGGGAAAGGUGAUGGACUGGCCAAGCAUGUCUCCAGACCUAAACUCUAUUGAGCAUCUGUGGGGCAUCCUCAAAUGGAAGGUUGGGGAGCACAAGGUCUCUAACAUCCACCAGCUCCAUGAUGUCGUCAUGGAGUAGUGGAAGGGGACUCCAAUGGUAACCUGUGAAACUCUGAUGAACUCCAUCCCCAUGAGGCUUAAGGCAGUGCUGGUAAAUAAUGGUGGCCACACAAAAUAUUGACACUUUGGUCCCAAUUUGGACAUUUCCACUUAGGGGUGUACUCACUUUUGUUGCCAACGGUUUAGACAUUAAUGGCUGUGUGUUGAGUUAUUUUGAGGGGACAGCAAAUUUAUACUGUUAUACAGGCUGUACACUUACUACUUUACCUUGUAGCAGUGUCAUUUCUUCAGUGUUGUCACAUGAAAAGAUAUAAUAAAAUAUUUACAAAAAUGUGAGGGGUGUACUCACUUUUGUGAGAUACUGUGUGUGUAUAUAUAUAUUAUGAUAAAAGCUAUGAAGCUGUUCAGUUUUAAAUAUUUUACUAUUUAUAAAGCAGGGGUUCCCAAAAGGUAGAUCCCCAGAUGUUUUAAAACUACAGCUUCCAUGAUGAUUUCAGACAAAUGGCACUGUAUACAAGACAAAAAAGUCCAUUGCAGGUCCCACCAUCGCCAUUCUGCUGUCAUUGGUCAAUUAAACUUUCCAAAUGCACUUACCAGAUAAAUUCAUGCUGAAAUCAUGGCAUGACCAUUUAUAUAGCUUUUAAGAGAGCCUCCAUAUUUAUCAGAACGUUGUGUGCAGCAUUUUAUAGAGUCAUUAGAAUAAUUUAUGACAGUGACUCGGUUUUGUGUUCUGUAUAUAUGCUCAGGUUAGCGCUAUAUUCGUGCACAGAUUCAUUCUUAGAUAUUCUUUGUAUGUGCAGGCGGAAAAAUUCUCAGUAAUUGUAAAAUCAAGAACUUAAAAGUCCCCGCACAAACUAAAAGAUGCGAAUUUGUAACUGACUUGCCUUUAGUAAAUAGAAGACCUCACAAUUAUUUUCAACAUCACUUUGUUCCUGACUUUUUAAAUAUAUAUUUUUUUAAAUCUCCUUGCUUAAUCUACAUUGUUGUGUUCCUGUAAUAGAAACCAGAGUAUCCACUUUAACUUCCCAGUUAGCUACUGCCUAUAAUUUAUAUGACAAAUCUAUGCCCCAUUUAUCUUUCAAUCUCCUGUUUAAAUAAUGUUGUAAGUUUUUUUUAACCAAGCAUAAAUUGGAAUAGACUGUGCAUGAGGUUAGAAAUACAGCAGAAGAAUGUGUUUGCGACUGUGCUUGGCUUAAUUCGUGUUUACUCUGUUCAUAGCUAGGACACUUCCCCUGGUGAAAGUCCACUUACCUGUCUGAAGAGCAUUCUUAGAUAAGCAGCCACCAAUAGCCUAGUCUUAGCAGGUCUUCCAAGUGACUUAUAGGUUAUUAAUGCACAGACAUAUAAAGAAAUAUUGAGAGAAGUAAGAAGAUUUGUUUUAUUUAGAGUUUCAAUGUGAUUUCUUCUUUGUUUCGUAAUAUGUAUUUAUUGUUUUUGUCUCAGUUUUAGUUGAACGUGUAGCCCAUACACACGGGUUGUUGCUUAUUUAGUUAAAUCAGUAAAUCUUUGACUCCUUCAGACAGUAAACAUUUUAGCUUUUGUUUCUUAAUUUACCGUCAUUGAAAUGACACAAAAGUGUGAAUUGUGGUAAACAUAUAUUCGUAUAAAAACAUACAUCGUGCUACUACUUGCUUGUAAAAAAUGUAUGGAUUGCAUUUAGGUUUUAUGCCCUAUUGUGUGUUAGUGUAAUACAUUUUCAAAACAUUUCAACAGUAGUAUACAAUUGUCAGAACAUACAAUUAUAUGAUUGAAUUGCAGGUUCUUGUCUAUUGGAUUAACACUAGAAAAUUUAUUGGAACUAUUACAGUUGUUAUAAUAUGCUACUGGAAAUUAAUGAACUAGAAUUAGGAAGUGCUAGUGCAUAAGUCAUCAAGAGUAUGGAUAUUAUUGCUAACUAUUUUCCUGCUGUUUUUAGUGCUUUAAGACAAAACUAAAGAUUUAUCUGUAAUUAUUUUCCUACCUCUUUGUCUCUCUGCUUGCUAGUUAUUGACAGAUAGGAUGAUGUCUGUGAAUGGGAACAAGGUAGAGCAGAGGGUUUUCCUUUUUACUCAGAAAGUAAAGAUGGGUCAAGGCAAAUGGAAUGAAAAUCUAAAUGUGUGGAUAGGCACAUGUGUCUACAAUGAUUGACAGAAAACAUAGAGUUGCUAUCGACUGUAUGGUGGUACCUCACCCCUUAGAAUUGGCUUACAAAGUUAAAUGCCAAGGAAGACUGUGCAUACUUGUUUUUUGAAGUUUCCUAUGACUCCGAUAACAAUUAUUAAUGAAGAAAUAUGAAUUUAACACUGUAACGAUUGGUCCAUCCAUCUGGUUUGCAUACUAAUCCUCCACACUGCAUCCAAUUGAGGGGACUGCCUGACAACCGAGGCAGUGCCCCUGCAGCCAAUCCUGCCGAUCCGAGUCGUCUAAACGUGAUGAAAAUGUGAUCACAUGACUCGGAUUAGAUGGAUUGCAAGAUUGACUAUAGGGGGUCUGUUUUGUCAGACAGAUACCCCAACAAAACAUUUAUAAUUAAUAAAUUCCCAUAAGUGUGUGUGUGUGUGUUUGUAUUAUUUUUACAAAAUUAUGCAAUUUUAUUCAUUACUAUGUGGGAGACAUUCCUGACAACUCAGAACGUUCAGAGAAUGUUAUGUGCAAGCCAAAUAUUUGAUCCAGUAACUGUCAAAAACUCCGUAAAACCUGUACAUGGGGAAUACUAUUGUCCUCACGAGACAUCGCUGAAUACAAAUAUGAGUGUUUUAGAGCAGCAAAAUGUAUAAUGACAAUGAUACCAUCGGUGGAAGGGCAGUUUUUGUGUGAAAAAUGCAAAGAAUAAAUAUGAACACUUACUUUGAAAUGAUAGUAAAUACAUCUAGUGAAAGUAGAAAAUACUAAAGUGGUCGUAAUACAGUCAUAAUAAUUACCCAACACCAAGUAAUGUGCCACACUGUAACUCAUAUGACUAGCACUAGAAUAUUUAUUGAUAUGGGAACAUUUAGAAAUUUGCCUAUUUUGCCAAGACGUUUGUCAACUCACCACAACCUACUGUUCAGUAAAUUAACUGACUAUUUCAGGCACUUUGUCAUUCUCUCCUGAGUGAUUUAUCAUAUGAAUACCGCUCAUGGGAACCAAUUGUUCAUAAAGAGAUUAUAAGGGUAUCAGAUGUUGUUAUUCUGUGUUGUGUCAAAAAUCCUUUAAAACACUCAGAAAAGCUUAUAAUUAUCUCAUCACAUUAUUUUAUCUCAUCAUUGAAAUACGUUAUAUUCCGUAAUCUCAUCAUAACAGCUAACAUUUAAGAGAGCCUAUAGUCUCGAAAAUAACUUAAUGGGACUACAGGAUACCUUCUAUCACUUAAACAAAAAAGUUAAUUAAAGACUACCCCCCUUAUUUAUAUGCCUACUCAGCCUCUAAAGACAUCAGUAUGCCUACUGAUGUCUCCCCUGAUCUUGUCCAAUUUAUGCUUCUCAUUUGUUUAGAGGUAUGCAUGUGCAAUCUAAUACUGCGCUCCUCCUAUCAAAUGCUAAAAUGAGCAGCAUUUGGUUUCAGGAUCGGGUUUGACUGUCAGUAUCACAUCCACUAGAGGUGUAUAUAAUCCUUCAAUAUAAACAUUGCAGUUUCUACAAAAUGGCAAUAUUUUACAAUGAAGGGUUAAAUUCACUGGGUUACUGCACCCAGACCACUUCACUGAGGUGAAGUGAUCUGGGUGAGUUUAGUGGUCCUUUCAGCAUGUCGUUUGAGGGAUUCCAGAAUUGUUACUCACCCUGUACUUGUUUAUUGGUUUGAUAGUUUUGAAUGAUCAGACUGAUUAGAUUUGUAGGUUUCAGGCUGCUAUUUAUAUUGUUACGUAAGGAGUAUAACCAAUCAGUCUUCUGUAGAAUAAUUAACUCCUGGAAUAUUGAAACACAAUAUCUCCAGUGUUCUAUGUUCUAUGGAAAAGUAGGAUUUAUACACAUAUUUGAUUUUGCAGGGGUGAGAUAUAAUCAGCAAGGAAACAGUGAAGUCACUUCAUCGUCAACUAUUAGUCACCAUGGAAACAAUGCUAUGGUGACCAGCCAGUCUGCCUUACAGCAAGUUUCUCCAGCGACCUUGGAUGCUGGCCAUAACAUGCUUUCACCUGAUGGUAAAUUGGUGAGUACACCUGGCCUAUUGUAGCUGCAGGACUGAUAAGAUAAGAGAACCACACAGGCAAAAUAAACAAGAUUCUUUUCCCUUUUAGUUUCUCACAGGGUCAGCUGUACACAAUGAAGCAUUGUAGGACAGAGUAAAAUUGUGAGCACACACCAUUUACACUAAAAAGCCGUGCUUUGACCCCAUCCUUCAAUAAUGUUAAAAUAUCCAUGAUUUAAUGACCAGCAAAUUUAACAAAGAGCUGUUCUCUUUUUAUUGAUUAAAUCCCUUGCAAUGCAGAAACGUGGGUAGAAUUGUAUUUAUUUUCUGUGCUGAUAUCUGUUGUUCGUGUUGAUAACAUAUCCCCUUUAUCAUCAUGAAUAGGGCAGCAAGAUAACCAUCCAUCUCUUGUUAUAAAAAUAAAAAGUAUUUUUUUUCUUUUCAAAUAGUUUUUAUUGAUACAUUUUUAUAAAACAUAACAAUAUCAUUUUUGAAAACAAACAAGUAAUGAACAUAGUACAAUUAAGGGGGAAAAAAGUAGAAAAUAAAAUAUAAAAGUAACAAGAAAAGUGUUUUUCUUUUAAUAAACUUCUCUGUAUAAUUAAUUAUUUAUUUUCUAACUGGACAUGGCAGAGCAUUUUUGCAGAUUCAGUCGUCAAAAUGUCCCUUUAAUGUUUAUUACUACUAUUGCGUAUUUUACAUAUUAUUUGUUUAUUUCUGGAGUCUGUGAUAUUGCUUAACCCUUAAACGGUGUGCAUACAGCCUAUUAAGUUAUUUUUAUUAGGAUAUUAUUUUGUGGUGAGUUGACAACAAGGUUGCAAAAUUUAGUGCGAUAAAAAGUUUGAGUCUCUUCCCAGUUUCAAUAUUGCCUAUAUUCUACAAGUCAGGUUACCAAACCAGUACAGUUCCCAGUUCAUUUAUACUGAUCUUAAUUUAUUUUACAUUAUUUUUGGUUUAUAUAUAUAUUUACAUAUAUGAAAUAAGGCAAAGGGUCCACUCAAAGGACUUUCAAAAAAAUUACUUGUGAUUAAUGUGCUGUAAAAAAUAUAUAUAUCCGUGUUCCAAACAAUCACCGUUUCGCCCCCUUUGGUCUUUUUCAAGAGAUAUAUAUCACGGUGAACCAUGUAUUAUGGGAAAAUAAUGUCAUCAAGAGUUUCUGGGAGUAUAAUUAAACCAAAGGUCAAACUAAUCUUAAAAAAGGCCCAAGUGGAGCCAUAAUUUAGUUUUUUUUCAUGUUAUCAUGAACUACAAUAAAAUAAAGUUGUUUCCAGGUUGAAGACCUAUAAGUGCCAUAUAUAUAUAAAUAUAUUUAUAUAUAUAUGGCACUUAUAGGUCUUCAACCUGGAAACAACUUUAUUUUAUUGUAGUUCAUGAUAACAUGAAAAAAAACUACAUUUUGGCUCCACUUGGGCCUUUUUUAAGAUUGUGUGUGUAUAUAUAUAUAUAUAUAUAUAUAUAUAUAUAUAUAUAUAUAUAUAAUUGCUGUCCCCCCAGGAACACUAAAACAGUUUAUCAGACUUUUAGGAACACAUGGAAGAAAGUGAUAUAGUUUUUCACUAAUUAAAUAACUUCCUUUAUUGAAGCUGUAGCUCUAUCUAGUGAGUACUAUAAAGCUAAAAGCUAUUUAAUCGAUUAUUGUAUAAUCCUAGUUUGGAUGAUAUGGGUAACAGGUUUAUUGAGAGCUCAUUAGGUUAAAUUAAGUAUUUUGAAUUUAAUCUUGAGUAAAUAGGGCAACAGUGGAGGGACUAGUGGAAAAAUGGAAUAUGAUGAUAAAUGGUUGGGUGAGACAGAUGAGUCUAAGUGGUAUUAAGAAUGGAUUGGAAGUGGAUGAAAGUGUUAAGAAAAGCCACUGAAAUGUUAUCUGAUUACAUUGCUGUACACAAUAGAAAGAUGUGCCUUGUCUGCCCAGGAUCUCCUUAAAGAUAGAUUGUAGUCACAUUGAGAUCAAGCUCUUUCAUUGCCUAAGAGGAUACUGGUUGAUGAUUACUUUCAGAGCAAGUAGAAAUGACACAAAAAGGACUGUUUAAGCAGCAUUUUAUUCCAUCUAGAUGUUGAGCAGUUUUUCUUUUCUUGUCCAUUGUACUAAUCAGUUUUAUAAUAUAAAUAUUUUAUAAAACACACAGACACACACACAUAUUAUGCACACAUUAUUCCAAUGUCCUGCUUAAUUGCCUGCAUACAAUGACUCACAUAGCUGCUCCAUAGUUCAUACUUCCAAUAGGCCUCCCAUUAUUUUUGUCAUGUUUUGUCUGAUCAUUUUAUAGUUCUGACUUUAUUUGUUGAAAUAUAUCUGUUUUGGUUUUCUCACCAUAACUUCUCUAGUGUAUUUGUUUGUCUUGUAAUAUAUUCUUAUUGUUUUUAUUAUUCUAGAUCUCUGUUUCUGUGGGAGGAGGGCUGCCUCCAGUGAGCACCUUGACCAAUAUCCACAGUUUAUCCCAGUCAGUUCAUCAAAAUCCACAUCAUUCUCAGAAUCUUCUCAUGGCCCCUAUCUCUGGAGUAAUGGCUAUAGCACAAAGUAAGUAGACUAUCAGUAUUGUAAAGUGCUGUGGAAUAAGUUGGCACUGUAUAAAUACCAAUAAUAAUAAUCAAAAAGAGUGUACAUCAAUAUGUUCUAACCUACGGUAGCACAUCCACACAAGUUAAAGCAACACUUGAGGCACCAUAACCACUACAGUUUGAUGUAGUUGUUAUGGUGCCUAGUGUGCCCUGGCACCAUUCUAAUCUAAUUUUUAAAACCAUUUUAGAAAAGUCUGAUACCUUACCUGGGUCAUGCCAGAUGACUGUGUUCUCCUGCAGUUUCAGCGCUCUGCUGCAGGAAAAUCCAGUUAGCUCUACUGUGUUAAGCAGCUGAGAAUGUCAGCUGAGCACUCCCAGACUAUUAAUUUGGCCCUGUAUCAGCCAUGCUUAGACAGGAUGCAGUGCAUGUGUCUGGGGGACCUAGGUAAGUUGACAGAACUUUCUAAAAAGGUUUGAAAAAUUGCAUUGAUAUGGCAAUAUGAUGUUCCUGGUACCAUAACCACUAUAUAGUGUUGUAGUAGUUAUGGUGCUUGGAGUAUUCCUUUAAAGUGUUUGAUUUUUAUAAUGAAGCUAUAUUGGCCUCAAACAAAUCUAUUGCAAGACACACCUGUAUUUUUGAUCCUUGGAAUUAUACUGAGGUUAGAAAUCCUACCCAUCACGUUGGAAUCCCUUACCAUUCACUACUUUGCUAAUAAGCUUCUAUAGAAAUAUAAAUUAUUAAUUUGAAAUCCCGCAUGUUUAACUCCUUAAGGACCAAACGUCUGGAAUAAAAGGGAAUCAUGACAUGUCACACAUGUCAUGUGUCCUUAAGGGGUUAAAGAGGAAGUCCUGCUUUUAAUAUACUAGGCUGUAGCACAUAUUGAAAUAUAGCAUAUGUUUUUUAUUAAAUAAUAUCUCAGUGGUUUUUAUUUAUGAAUGGAUUUGGUCCAGUCUGAAUGCAGUGGUUGGUAGGUGUCUUGGUAGGUGUCUGUUUAAUUUACAACCUGAAACUAUGCUCUAUUUUGAGUUAAUAUUAAACUACCAAUGCAAACACCAGCAAAAGUAACAAUAAGGUUUACAUCUGUAACUUUCACAUCAGAUCUACUUGAAAGUCCUAAUGAACACUGGAUAUCAUCUUCUUAAAAACAUUGCUGACAUUAUAUGCUCUGGGCUGGGAAAUUUAACUACUGACUGUGUUUGAUAACCAGAUACAAAGCACUCUCCAGUGCCAGGAAAACAUAUCCAUUUUCCUGGCACUGCAGAAUCCUGCAGUGCCUCUCUCCCUCCCACCCCUCAUCCCAUGUUAAAACCUCUUCAGUGACUUACCUGAAUCCAGUGCGCUGUCCCUCUGCGCUGGUUCAGGCUCUGCCCCUCCCUGCUGAUGUCAGCCAUCGGGCGAGACCUAAUUCACAUGUGCGGCAAUGGCUGCGCGUGCGCAUUAGAUCUCCCCAUAGGAAAGCAUUACACAAUGCUUUCCUAUGGGGAUUCCAGCGAUGCUGGAGGUCCUCAUGCAUAGCGUGAGGACGUCCAGCGUCAUUUAAAACACUUUUCGUGUUUUAAGUAUAUGGAAGUCCCUCUAGUGGCUGUCUGAUAGACAGCCACUAGAGGAGGACUUAACCCUGCAAGGUAAUUAUUGCAGUUUAUAAAAACUGCAAUAAUUACACUUGCAGGGUUAAAGGAUCACAAUAGGGUCAGGAACGCAAACAUUUGUUCCUGAGCCUAUAGUGUUAAAACCACCGACUAGCCCCCCUGGGCCCCUCACUCAUGCCUCCAUAAAUAUAGCAAAAUCUUACUGUAUUCAAGCCUGAAGCUGUAGAUCUGGAUGCUGUUUGGCUCAGAAAAACAAGCUGUCUGCUGACAUCAUCAGAAGUGGUGGCCUGAUCCAAUCACAAUGCUUCCCCAUAGGAUUGGCCGAGAUGGACAAGGAGACAGAUCAGGGGCAGAGCCAGCAUGAUUCAAAAACAGCCCUGGCCAAUCAGCAUCUCCUCAUAGAGAUGAAUUGAAUCAAUUAAUCUAUCUGAGGAAAGUUCAGUGUCUGCAUGCAGAGGGAGAAGAUACUGAAUGUCUGGAUACAUUUUAGGCAGCCAUGACCCAUCUAAGCAGUGGCCAGUGAAGUUAUCACUAGGCUGUAAUGUGAACACUGCAUUUUCUCUGAAAAGACUGUGUUUACAGCAAAAGGCCAGAAGGUAAUGAUUCUACUCAUCAGAAGAAAUUCAAUAAGCUGUAGUUGUUCUGGUGACUAUAGUGUCCCUUUAAGGGUGGUGGGAGUUAAACAUAGAAACAUAGAAUGUGACGGCAGAUAAGAACCAUUCGGACCAUCUAGUCUGCCCAAUUUUCUAAAUACUUUCAUUAGUCCCUGGCCUUAUCGUAUAGUUAGGAUAGCCUUAUGCCUCUCCCACGCAUGCUUAAACUCCUUUACUGUGUUAACCUCUACCACUUCAGCUGGAAGGCUAUUCGAUGCAUCCACUACCCUCUCAGUGAAGUAAUACUUCCUGAUAUUAUUUUUAAACCUUUGUCCCUCUAAUUUAAGACUAUGUCAUCUUGUUGUGGUAGUUUUUCUUCUUUUAAAUAUAGUCUCCUCCUUUACUGUGUUGAUUCCCUUUAUGUAUUUAAAUGUUUCUAUCGUAUUCCCCCUGUCUCGUCUUUACUCCAAGCUAUACAUGUUAAGAUCCUUUAACCUUUCCUGGUAAGUUUUAUCUUGCAAUCCAUGAACCAGUUUAGUAGCCCUUCUCUGAAAGCUCUCUAAGGUAUCAAUAUCCUGAUGAAGAUAUGGUCUCCAGUACUGCGUACAAUACUCCAAGUGAGGUCUAACCAGUGUUCUGUACAAUGACAUGGGCACUUUUCCCUCUUUCUACUGCUAAUACCUCUCCCUAUACAACCAAGCAUUCUGCUAGCAUUUCCUGCUGCUCUACCUUUAAGUCAUCAGAAAUAAUCACCCCUAAAUCCCUUUCCUCAGAUGUUGAGGUUAGGACUCUAUUAAAUAUUCUGUACUCUGCCCUUGGGUUUUUACGUCCAAGAUGCAUUAUCUUGCACUUAUCCACAAUAAAUGUCAGUUGCCACAACUCUGACCAUUUUUCUAGUUUACUUAAAUCAUUUGCCAUUUGGCUUAUCCCUCCUGGAACAUCAACCCUGUUACAUACCUUAGUAUCAUCAGCAAAAAGACAUACCUUACCAUCAAGACCUUCUGCAAUAUCACUAAUAAAAAUAUUAAAGAGAAUGAGUCCAAGUACAGAUCCCUGAGGUACUCCAUUGACUACAACCCUCUGUUGCCGGUCACUCAGCAACAGAGGGUUGUAGUCAAUGGUGUAUAUUCGAAGCUUGAGAACCCUGGGAGUUGGCACCCAGACCACUCCAAUGGGCAGAAGUGGUCUGGGUGCCUGGAGUGUCCCUUUAAUGUGUUGAGCAAUGUGGAUCUCCAUACAUUUAUUUGUACUUGUUUCUGAACACAAAACCUCACAACCUCUGAUAAUGUUACAUUAAAGAAACACACUAACUUAUAGAAGCACAGUAGAAAUGCAUGGAUUAAGCCUCUCAAUUUGGGAAAUCCAUAUGAAGAGUCCGUUAUAUUUUUAAAAUAUCUUGUUUAGUUUAAAAAAGAAACCUAAAAGCAGUGCUUUUGCUUCACAUAAAAUGUUAACAUUUUAAAUUCAGUAUUGGAAAAAAAAGAGAUAUUCAGUAUUAGAGAAAGGCAAGCAUUGUAUUGUGAUUACCCAGUAAUUCACACUAUUAUUUAAUUUCUGUGAAUUAAGGGAAAUAAUUGGAGAGUUUAUUCUCUAAACAGCAAGAAGCAGUUUGCUAAGUUUGAUAUAUAUAUAUAUAUAUAUAUAUAUAUAUAUAUAUAUAUAUAUAUAUAUAUAUAUAUAUAUAUAUAUAUAUAUAUAUAUAUAUAUGUAUAGAUAUAUAUAGAUAUAUAUACUUUUUUUUUUUUACUUUUUUUUUUUUAUCUUAAAUAGGCAAGUAAACAGUUUGCCACGUCUCCUUGUUUUGAGAAUAAUUCUUCGGGUAAAGAUUGUACAAGGGCUUCUAAAAUGUCAUUAUUUGUACUGACACUGUAAAAACAAUGUAUUAAUAUAUUGUAAUGGUGUAUCCUAUAGAUCUGAACACUACCCAGGCACAGAGUGUACCAGUCAUAAACAGUGUGGCAGGGAGCCUGGCAGCCUUACAGUCGGUGCAGUUUUCACAGCAGCUUCACAAUCCCCAUCAACAGCAAAUCAUGCAGCAGUCGCCUGGUCACAUGGCACAACAGCCAUUUAUGGCCACAGUGACUCAACUACAGAAUUCGCACAGUAAGUACUCUAUGAUUAUGUACAUACCAGUUAUUUUCUUACUUGUCGAUACUGCACCUAAUACUCCUGAAUGGAAAUAGGUUAAUAACUACAUUUUUUGAGGCAGGAAAACAAAUCUGGGUAUGAUAUUAUUGUUUUAAUAUGCUAAAUUUAUUCACCAUAAACUGAUUACUGGCCAAGACAAAUAUGGGAAAAACUGCAAUAUUGUUUAGUAUUAAAUCAGUAAAGCUCUAAGACUGAUAUAGACAAAAUUUGUACAGUAUGCUUUCUAUUGUUUAUUGCUUAUUUUAGAAAAUAUGGGCAAAAAUAUGUGUCACUUCCCCUUUAAAUUUUUGGCAAUAAAACUUGGAUGAGUUUAGUUUUAUAUUCAUAAUAUGACAUAUUGUAAUUAAGUAAAUAACAUCAGCAAUAAACUGUAGACUUUGUUUUAAAUAUAAAAUAUAGAAAAUAUAACUUCAAUGUUUUUUUUUUUUAAUCUUUGUAGUGUAUUCACACAAGCAGGAGCCUCCCCAGUAUUCACACACAUCCCGAUUUCCGUCAGCCAUGGUAGUCACGGACACCAGCAGCAUCAGUACAUUAACAAACAUGACUUCAAAUAAACAGGUGAGAAGUGUUAUUUGGAUGAAUAAAGUUGACUCAUUUUUAACUGGAUCUAAUCACUUUCACAAGAUUAGAUACCACUUGAGUUAAUCAAUUUUGCUGUUUGACACAAUGUGAAGUGUGGUGGUGACGAAAAAUCAAUUAGGGUGUGGAUGUUUAAAGUUUUUAUAUCAAUGGUCAGGAGAUGAGAGCCUCUUUCAAUACUUUACCCAAAAUUUAGACUCCCACUUAUAAGGUACACUCCAGACCCCUAAAGCACGUCUGCUUACUGAAGUGUUUUAUGUGUAAAGAGUGUGUCCUAUUGUUUUCAUUUUGCAAAAAGUGCAGAUUUCUAUAGAAACUGGCAAUUUUAUAAAUUAAAAAUUAAAAAGAGGUAACCUUUGACUUUUAUAAAUUAGCCUCGUUACACACCCUGACUGUCAGUCAGACAACUGCUCCUGUUACUUCAGUGGAUCUACACUCAAGAGGCAUCAAUUGUCCAGAGAACCUACCUUGCAAAGACUUCUCACUGUGCUGCAUUGGGAAGUCUGUGAUUGGACAGACCCAGAAAAUCUAGGUGGGUCAGAAGGGGAGGGUUUUGCCAAGGCUUCAGAAAAGAGAUCUGCAGCUUUUGCAAUUUGAUAUUAGAUAUACUACCAGUUAAAAAAAAAAAUAAUUUGCCUAGCCAAAUUCAGGGUUUUUUUCACAUAAUUUGCUGCUGCUUUUAUUCUUGUUUGAUUCUGAUCAUUUUGUUUUGUGAUCAAAUUAUUUCAGAUUUAGUGAAAUUCAUCCACAUAUGUCAUCUGAUUGCCUCCAAAUUAUAUUACCUCAAUUUACUGUUACAUAUGAAGAGUGCUGUUUAGGUUUUAUUGUACCUGUUUUACAAACAAUUCAAUUUUAUAAAAAAGAAAUAAAUUGAUUGUGUAAAGUAAUGUAAUCAUUUGAAGUAUUUGGAGGGGAGGAAAAGUGACUGCAUAGUUUAGAGAUACAUGGGAACAUUUGUCACACUUAUUGAUUGUGUGAUAAACAUGAGCCAACCUUGAAUGUGAAAUACAGUUUGCAUGAGGAUUUUGUCACAGCUCCCAGUUUUGAUAAGAACUGUACAUAAAAAGCUGGAAUGUUAGAAUGCCCUGUGUCAAUUUCCAUUUUGCUUUAUUCCUUUAAUGAUUCAGAUAAGAUGUCCAGACUGUACCUAUAGUAUUUUCCAAGCUCUUAGGGGUAUAUUAAUCAGAAAUAGAAUGGUGGUGGUUUGAUAUUUUAGUGAAUAAACCACCUUGUCAGCUCUACAUAACUCCAUGUUCAGUGGACAGGCCCCGAGUAUAGUCAAAUAGAAAGAAAAAUAAAAUAUUUUCAAACUUAAUAUUUUUUUCAGCCGUGUCUUUGUUGGUCAAACAUUCUAAACAGUUUAGCAAGUAGGCCACUGCACACCUUAUAGUAAUGGAAAACUAUGAGGUAUGUGAUUGUAGUAUUUUCCAUAAAUUCUACAAAAUUGUUAUAUAAAGCCAGUUAUGUUAUCAUUAUUUUGUUACGUAAAGUAUUACUGAAAACGUGCGUUACUGGUUAUGCUUAUCACUUAUUGUCUUACAAAGUAAUUCAUGGCACAUCUUUAAAUAAAGUAUAACAAUUUUUAAUAAAAAAUAGGCUAGUAAACCAUAAUUAAUUUCAAUUUAAUAUAUAGGCAUUUGUAAACACUAGGCAUAUGCUGGCCAAUAUGCCGGAGACUUAUAGUGUGCAGCAGACCUAAGAUUAUAACAAACAUUUGUGUGGAGAAAUGCCUGAGAAAGUUCAGGGAUAUUUCAACCUAUCAAAAAGCAAAGAUAGUAAUAUUUAAUGCAUGACCUGUUUUAUGUUGCUAGUGCCCGACGAACUGAAUACUGAAAAUGUAAUUCCACGUUUUCCUGCUUCUCAGCUCCCUUUAGGUUUCCCAGUCUUUGUAGUGAGGAAAAAUAACAUUUAUCUAAACUCACAAAUCUUAAUCAGUCAGGCAAUCAAGCACAUCUAGACUCCUUGGAAUACUAUUUCCUUGAAAGGACUUAUCAAUCCAUCUGCUGGGCACUCAGCCCUAACAAAACCUGAUUAAUUAUUCUAUCUAACCCAAGCAGACUUUGAUGCUUGUUGAAACAAGCCCUACAAAUGCAGGACAUAAUUGUCUAAUCAAAACGCACCAAGGGUUGCAACCCAUUACGAUAUUCUAGAUCUUGAGUUUGUACUCAAUAUAAAUCCAGUUCCUGAACAUACAGAUAUCAUAUAUUAUAGGUAUACUAUGUAGAAAUAUAAUAUAAAAUUGAACUCUUUGAGGACUACUGACUGAACAAUACCUGAAACACUGGGUAAUGUACGCAGAACAAGAUAUUGCUGCACCGCUUUAUAGACUUUUUGAUAUUUUUUUCUGUUGAUCAUUUUUUAGUAUGAUAUAAAUUCUAAACGAUGACAUUUGUCUGUAAACCGAUCCGUAUGUACAGUAUAUGUACAAUAUAUUUGGGGUAAUACUAAAAAAAAAAAAGAUUGCCCAUUUUAUUUAUUGUAAACCGAUGUGCUUUGAGUAUUAUUAUAUUGCAGGGCGUUUAGGGACUAGAUUGGAAUGAUGGCAUGGAAUAUGACUGGUCUUGAAAGUGUGAAUUACAGCUCAAUAUCUAUUUUACUGUAGCUGCUAUAGAGUUUUUUUUAGUUUUACUUUUUUUUUUGUUCAUAUGUUGAACGGUUACUAUGUUUGCUAUUCUCAGAUUUUGGUUUUUAAUUUUCUAGAAAACAUAGAACAGCCUUAAUCUUUCAUUUUAAAACCAUAAAGAGUAACUUGGUAAAUAAGAGGAGUCUUGAAAAGCAGAAGUUUAUUGAAUGUCUUAUUAAAACCACGGAAAGAAUAAGCUGUGACAGGAUUAUUAGAAGUGAGAAUUCAAAAGUGAAUUUCAAAUUGAAGGUCAAAAUAACCAAAUCAGAAAAAUACUGUAAGGCAGCUUUGCUUCCAGUUCAGCUACUUUAGCCUUACAUUUCAAUAACCAUGUAAUUGUGUGCACUAACUGCUUAUAUAUGUUACUUAGGUGUGAACAUAUUUAGGUCUGACACAUUUUCACAUACAGUAUGUGGAUGCCCAUUGAAAUUCUUUAGGACGUACUCAUUUGAAAUUCUACUGUUGCAAAAUCCACUGCAGGUGAUUCUAGAAUUUAUUCCUUCUCGACAGAUGUUUUAAUAAGUAUUAAUACACAUUAAACAAGAAAUGCUGCAUUGUUCUCGCACUUUCGUAAGAUGAGUCAUCCUUACUUUUGUUUGUACCUACCCUUAGUUUAUCCCCUACUGACUUUAGUGUGGACUUAAACUCACACCAUGAGCUCACCUUAUGAAAAUCCAACGGUCCCAAAUUGCUAACAACCUUCAGUGUAUUGAGUUUAUAAAUCUAGUCCCUAGAUGUCUGACUUGGAGGUAGUUUCUGUAUAUGUCUCUUGGGGGAGGGUACGAAAAGUAUUUUUUAAAUACUUGAAGGAUAACUUCAUGGAUAACUAAAUGGCCUUUAGAAGAUGCUAACAUAAAUUCAAAUUCUAGAUUUAGAUAUAUAUAAAAAUAUAAAUAUUUUAUACAUACAUGUUACACAAACUUAUUUCUGGUUAUCAUUCUAUAGAAAUGAAUUGAUAGUACACAAAAAUAAUAAGCAAUAGUUAAACAAUACUUAAGAGUACAUUCAUAUAAUCUCUCUUGAACUCCAUUUUACAGCAUAGGCAAACAAUCAGUGACUGGACGUCCGUUUUUAAUGACGCAUCAUAGGAUCUUCUUGGCGUCUCCUUAUCUUAGCCCAACAGUAUUUGUUCUGAGAGAAUACUUCAAGGCCGCUUGUGUUUUACUAUUGAUGUUUGUAUACAGGGAGAAGUGUUAAACAGUCUUACCUUACUGCUAUUUAUAAGUAGUAAUUAAAAGCACCAACUACACCAAGGAGACAUGCAAUCUUUUAACUUUGUGUGAAAUGAAGGACAUAUGUGGAUAUUUUAUGACUAAGUAGUGCUGCAAUAAAAUUCAUUUAGUAGUACCAUAAAAUAAUUUUCUCAAAUUGUGCUAACGUCUCAUAAUGUAAGCUCAGCAAUUAAAUAUGUAUAUGUAUUUUUUUUUCUUUCUCAUUCAGUGUCCUUUGCAAGCCUGGUGAUUUUCUGCACUUCAAAGACAUUAACACUCAGGGCAUUGACUAUUGCCUCAGAAAACUUUUAACAAUUUGUUCUGCUGUGGACUUGUUAAGCAGAGUAUCUGAUCAAGGUGGAAUGCUCUGAAAGACUAGAGAUGUGCGGACAAUGAGCUGCCCUGCUGCCUUAUUCUGUCUUCAUUUGCAGUAUUUCCAGAAAUCUUCAAGAUGGAAGAUUUUUUUUUUGUUGUUUUUCUUUUAACACGGGAAACAGGAAGUGCCCAAAGUGGAAUUAUGGGAUUGCUUGGACAAGAAUACAAAGACUGCUCUGAAACCUGGAGAACUGGAAAACUAGGAGGAGGAAACUAUGCAUUACAUUCAUUUGAGCCAUUGUAAAUAUUGCUGUAAUAAAAAAACAAAGAAAUAUAAAAGAUUUCUUUAUAAGAAAUGAAUUUGUGGAAUAUCAGUAAACUGUAAACACAGUACAAUUGUAUUUGUACAUAAGCUUGGGUUUUCUUCACAAAAAUGACGCAAAACAAUGGAAAAAAGGUCAACUAUGCAACUAUAUGAAGACGUUUGAAGCACGUGCAAGGAUAUAAUCAGGGAUAUUUAGAUAGCUUAUAAUUAUACAAGUUCUUCCCCACCAUACAAAUUAAGAACUAUCAAUAUACCUUAGACUUUCACUCUGCACGUACAAUUAACCAUGGGUUUGCUGGCUUCCAUACAGGAAAUGAAACGAAGUCCAAAGAAAGCAGUAUAGUCCAAAAAUAAAAAUAAUUGUUUUUUUAUUUCAAUCCAUUCAAAAAUAGAAAAAAAGGACUCUGAGGAAGUGCCCAAGAGGCACAAAACACAUAAGCGUUUGAUAUUUGGUGAGCCCCAACACCGCAUCCCCAAUUUGCACCUUGUAUAAGUUUUCUAUUGUUGAAUGGAUAAAAAAAUUAAUUUAGAAUCCGUUUCAUGUCUUGUAUUGGAGCCUGCAAUUGCAUGGUUAAAUUUACUUUAUAAUUAUAUCAGGGAUUUUGUUUAGAGCAGAUGUUAGCAGUUUUCUAAAAAACAUAAGUAAUAUAAUAGAUUAUGGCAUCACAUGACUUUUCAUGACCAGUGAUGCCAUGAGUACAGGGCAUUUUCUUAAAUCUCAUCCUAAUGGGUGCCUGAAUACAGGUUAAAAAAUAUCUUGUCCUAAAAUACAAUAUAGUCUUCCUUGAUAACCUUGUGACAAAUCCACUAAGGUUUAUUUAUACUGGUAUAGAAAACAUUUUGACACUUUUUACUUGUAAAAUCAGUUUAAACACAUCUAGAUCCACCCCUCACUUCAAAAUGGAACCAUAUGUUAUAGAUUAUGAAUAUUUAAUGAAAGUAGGAUUGAAGUGAUCAUGGGAAAUGAGAUUAUAACAGGUAACAUCUAGUUAAAUUUUAUAUAGAUAAAGUAGGAAUUCAUGUUCACUUUACCCUAAUAACACACAAUGAUAUAAUGGUGCAAUAUUGAUUUCAAAUGGUAUUUUGGCAAAUGUACUUUCCAUCUUGAUUCUCAGUUUUCUUUGAAAUUGUAUCACUACCUGAUGGAAUAGUCUACAUGAUAUAUUCACAAAACCUAGGUUUAGGUAAACAUUUGGAGUUUAGUGAAUAAGCCUGUAAGUGGCUGUUUACAGUAAACUGAAAACUAACAUACAAAAUAUAACCUAAAUAACACAAAUAUCUACAAUUUAGGCAAGCUGAGAAAUAUCGUAUUUUACCCAUUCAUUGUCAAUAUAGUUUUGCUAACUCUUUAUAUAUCUGACACAUUUAGGGACCAAUAGUAAUUUUGAAAAAGUAGGGUUAUUGUUUUUUUUACACUAUGGGCUGGAUAUUGUUAGAAGAGAGAAAUAUAGUUCUGGUUAGUGAAUAGCAUUUCUCUCAUUGGUAUCUAUGGGACAACUGUGAUACAGUUACCGAAGUCUGGUCCAUAAGGUAGAAAGAAAAAAACCCCCACAGAAAUAAAGACAAGACAUGCCAAUAUCAUUUAAACAGUGUUAUUUAAACUUUUAAAGUGCAUUAAGUUAUGCCUAUGUAAACUAUAAGCCUAUAAUAUAUUGUGUUCCAUUUUGCAGUUUCUCCUGUACAACAGUAUUAAGAUAAUUUUGUAUUUUUAUUUUUCCAUACAUAUAUUGUUAAAAUAAUGUUUGUUUUUUUCUAAGUUGAUCAUCCAAACAAAACAUUGAGACCAACAAUUACUUCCAAAGAAAAAAUUAUGGUCACAUUUUGUUCAAUGCUUGUAUAUGUUGCAAUUAUACAAUUUGCGAUAAUGUCUGUCACAAUAACUGCCAGAAAUACAAAACUACUUAGGAAAGGAAGAUUUCCCUCAAAAUGAUUUGUUCUAAUGUAUUAUUUUUGUACAAAAUUUUAAACCAAUCUUUUUUUAAAAAUCAUAUUUAUAUUUGUUGUAAAGUCAAU